CUCCUCCCGGGCCUACAAAGGCCUCUUUUAGUCACUGGGAAUCAUAGAGUUGGAGAGGACCAUGUAGACCAGGAAUGGGGAGCCACAGGCUGAGGGACAACUGUGGACCUCCAAACCUCUCCAUCUGGCCCUCAGGAUUCUCCCUAAGCCACACACCAUCCUGAGCUACACCCCCUUACGGGCCUUGUCUGCACCCUAUUUGAGGGGGUGUGCGCAAGACAGAGGAUAGAGAGAAGUGCAUUUAAGUGUGCGAAGAAGCCAGCCUACUAUAUCAAGGUAAAACUUACAUUUGGAAGCAAUGUGGUGUAGUGGUUAGAGUGUUGGAAUAAGACCCAGGAGAUCGGGGUUCAGCUGCAUGAGCCUCACUGGGUGACCUUGGGCCAGUCACUGACUUCCAGCCUAACCUACCUCACAGGUUUGUUGUGAGGAUAAAAUGGGGAGAGGGAGAGCCACCUUGAGCUCCUUGUAGGCCAACAACGUGUGGAAGGCCAGGGGCUCCCCACAUCAAGACUAGAGAGUGCCCUGAAAAUGGUGGAGAUGAUUCUGGCAUUGUAGCUUUCAUAUACAGUGGUACCUCGGCUUACGAACUUAAUUCGUUCCAGAGGUCCGUUCUUAACCCGAAACUGUUCUUAACCUGAGGUGCGCUUUCGCUAAUGGGGCCUCCCACUGCUGUCGCACCGCCAGCGCGCAAUUUCCAUUCUCAUCCUGGGGCAAAGUUUGCAACCCAAGGUACUACUUCAGGGUUAGGGGAGUUUGUAACCUGAAGCGUUUGUAACCCAAGGUGUUUGUAACCCGAGGUACCACUGUAUUAGGUUGUAGUGCAAAAGUCCACUUAAAUGCCCCCAAUAAAUUGCUCUAAGCAGUAGAGAGCAGAGUUGAGGAGCCUGUGGCCCUUUGGGUGUUGUUGGACUCCAUCUCCCAUCAGCCCCAGCCAGCAUGGCCAGUGGUCAGGGAUGAUGGGCAGCGUAGUCCAACAACAUCUGGAGGACCCCAGGUUCACUGCCCAUGAUACAAGCGGAGCAGAAACACAACCCCAUUUUUCCUUUGCAAAUGGUACACUACUCACACAGCCUUUUAUGCAUGCAGACAUAAGUGUGAGUGUGUGGUCCAGUGAUUCGUGUGUUGGACUAGCACCUGGGAGGCCCGAGUUCGAAUCCCCACUCAGAUCUGAAGCACACUGGGUGACUGUGGGCCUUUCACUGUUGCUUUGCCUAAAUGAAGGCGAGGAGGAGAACCAUGUACCCCACCUUGAGUUCCGCAGAGAUAUAAAUGAAACAAAUGUGUAGUCGGAAUCUCCUUUCUUGAAACUUAUAUUCUUAUCAGGAAGAACUUUCUGACACUGCUAAGGCAGUGGAACGGACUCCUUCGAGAGAUGGUGGGCUCUCUAUCCUUGGAGGUUUUUAAGUAGAGGUUGGAUGGCCUUCUGUCAUGGAUGCUUUAGUUUAGAUUCCUGCAUAGCAGGGGGUUGGACUAGAUGACCCCUGGGUCCCUUCCAACACUAUGAUUCUAUAGAAAUGGAGUACCCACAAACUGCAGAGAAUUGAGGCCCAGAUGUCCCUCCUUAUGUAGCUGUGAUCAAAUGGAACUACAGCCCUCAAAGGGAGAGGGAAAUGUACAAAGUUGGCCUUUAGAUUCUAAGCGAAUGGGGUACGGCAAACAUUUCACCCUUCUGGAGGGAUGUGUUGGUGGGAGAACACCCCGCUAACUCUUCCUUAAACCUGCCUGGAGCAAGAAAACCUCAUUGAUAUGCAGUUGUUCACGUGUGCAGUAAAUUCCAAUUAGUUUUACGGAGGUCUGCUUAACAUUUAUGGGAAAGAGAGCCUCGGUAUUGCUGCAAUAUUAUCAGCGAAGGAGGUUUGGGCUAAGUGAGGAUUCUUUCCCCUCUUUUUAAAGCUCUCAAUGGGUUAAUUAUAUUUUGCAGAUUUGGGGAAGGGGUGCUGGGGGGGUGGAGAAGAGAGGAUUUCGAAUAACUCCUUGAGACAAGGCUAACAAUCCCGUGUGUUCUUUUGUGUUCAAGUGACACUAUAUACCGUAUUUUUCGCUCUAUAACACGCACCCAACCAUAACACACACGUAGUUUUUAGAGGAGGAAAAUCCGUAGGCAUACCACCCGUAGGCAUUCCCUCCAUAACACGCACAGACAUUUCCCCUUACUUUCUAGGAGGAAAAAAGUGAGUGUUAUGGUGCAAAAAAUACGGUAUAUUUGCAAUGGCAAGGGGUCAUUUUUCUGACCGAAGGCAGCAAUCCCUCCUGGGCAACCUCCGAGGGGGAGGGCACAUGUCAGUGGUGGGCGGUACCAAGGACAAAGUGGGCGGGGCAACCAUUGUAAAAUUUUGCCUUUGUACAGUAGGUUGGUUUCUACAUGAGCCCUCCUCUCCAUCCUUCAGCCAGGCAAGGGAGAGACAUUAAUAGAGUUCAAGGACACACAAAAGCCAGCCAAAGACAUUCCAGGAGGGUGUGGAUAAGAGAAUCCUGAUAGAGAGGCUAGCCCUGAUUUAUUACAUCCAUUCCACCCCUAUUCAGCAACUAUGUUGUGAACCGCCCUGGGAUUGAUGGGUGAAGGGUGGUAAACAAAUUUUAAUAAUAAUAAUAAUAGUUUGAUAGCCUCAAGACAGCCUCCUAUCCCUUUGCCACUUUCCCCAGAGGAGGACAAUGCAGAAAUGGUGGGAUCUAGUUGGUUAAAGUCUCUAAGCUGUUUGAAAUUCUGUGUUCUGCCAGGCCACUGUUAGGGGCAGAGACUGCCUGAGCAGUGCAGUUUGCUGUUUUUAGACUCUGGCUUUCAGAAUGUAACAGAUUGGCUGGACACAGGGGAAUGUUGGGAGGAACCAGCUGGGGGACCCCAAGGAAAGAAGGCUCAGAGCCCAAGAAGUAGUGGUGGGAUUACAAUGAGUGGUCAGAGGGAGAAGACUGGGAGGAGCAGGGGUCAGAAGCUGAAGAGGUGACAGGACUUAGUGAGCAGGGAGAGUCUGUGGCAGAGAGGAGUCCAGAAUCAGGGGCAGAAGCUGAUUGAAGAGGGUGGAGAAGUUAGCUUCAUGGAGGCACAGUCUCUGAUUGCUUGGGGAAAACCCUGGAGAAGAGGAGACUUAGGCAGCUGUGGGGAGGUGGGGACCUUCAGUCUCAGCAACUGCUUCAUGGAGGCAAGACCUGCCAGAGAUGAGUUGCUCUGCUCAUUAGGCCUGGGAAGCUCACCCAAGUGCAACAGCAACUCUUGUGACUCCCAACACAACACAUUGAACAGUGAAGGAAGAACACAGCCAUUGUGGCUACUAGCCAUUGGUUGCCUUCUCCUCCAUGAAUUGCUCUGAUUUUCUUUGAUAAGCCUUCCAUAUUGGUAGCCAUUACUCCAUCUUGCAGAAGCAAGUUUCCUAGGUUAGCUAUGGGCUGUGUGAACAAGUCCUUUCUUUUGGUCUGUCCUGAACCUUCCAGCCUCCAGUUUCGUUGGAUCCGCUCACCCCCGGAGUUUUAGCACUAUGAUGGAGGGAGGGAGGGAGAAAAACCUUCCCCCUAAUCCACUUCCUCUACAUACAUUUAUAAUUUCAAGUACCUCUAUACACACACACACACACACACACACACACACAAUCUUCCCAUAACACACACCUAUAGCAGGCCCUCCAGGUGUCCCUAUUUUCCAGGAACAGUCCCAGAUUUACAGAAGCCAUCCCGGUUUCUAAUUUGAUCCCGGACUGUCCCGCUUUUCCUUAGGACGUCCCUAUUUUCAUCAGAGAAGUGUUGGAGGGUAUUGAGUUAUGUGACCCCCUGAACCAAGGAGAUAAGUACAGUGGACGCUUGGGUUGCAAACGUGAUCCGUGUGGGAUGCACAUUUGCAACCCGCAGCAUUCGCAACCUGCAGCUGCGCAUCUGUGCACGCACUGCUUGCAAUUCGGUGCUUCUGCACAUGUGCGACCGCUGAAACCUAGAAGUAACCCCUUCCGGUACUUCCGGGUUUCGGCGGUCUGUAACCUGAAAAAACGCAACCUGAAGCGUCUGGAACCUGAGGUAUGACUGUAACUAUACAACCUUUAGAAAACAUCUGAAGGCAGCCCUGUAUAGGGAAGGUUUUUUUUUACAUUUUUAUGUUUUUAGAUAUGUUGGAAACCGCCCAGAGCAGCUGGGGCAACCCAGUCAGAUGAGUGUGGUAUAAAUAAUAAAAUUAUUAUUAUUAUUAUUAUUAUUAUUAUUAUUAUUGAAUACGACAUCCCUAUUUCCAUCAGAGAAACGUUGGAGGGUAUGACGUGGUGCCCUUAACCAUCUUUCAAGUACCAGGUCCCUCUUCCCAGUGACAGGCCUUGCUCUGUUUACUUGGAUGCGGCUACUUGGUGUGGGGAAAAGCGGUGGCAGCGAGGAAGCAAAACCGACACGAACCAUGUGCUCCCCCAUCUGCAGACACAGGCGUAAUCUUUCCGGCAGGUGUACAUAAAAGAUUUAUUUUUGAAUUAGCAUGCUAUUGAUUUGUAUUAUGUAAAGCCCCGUGCCGGGGGCCUGGAGCAGCCAGCCGGCAUUAUGUUCCCAUAGUGCGCACGGGGCCAUAUCUAUCGGAAUGCCGCAACAGUGUCAGCGAUGCUGCAGGUGCUUCGUUGUCACGAGGAUGAAUGGGAUUAGCGUCGGUGAUGGUAAAGUCGAUCGAGCAGCGGGUGGGCCCCGGCGUUUAACUUCUGCUAAGAGAUGAUCUGGAGGCUUCCAGUCCCCUUGGAGUCUGUGCUCCUCUGACCCGGAAGCCAUGGUCCCUGAGGCCUGGAGAGAAGGGGAUGGAGGCAGAUCUGGCCAAGGAGCUUUCACAGAAACACAGAAUCGCAGAGUCAAGGAGGGGACUCCAGGGAUCAUCUAGUCCAACCCCCUGCAAUGCAGGAAUGACAGCUAAGGAAUUCCUGGCACAUGGCCAUCCAAACUCAGAGAAGUCUACUUGUCAAUAUCCUCCUUAAACUGUGGUGCUCAGAACUGGCCACAGGUCCUCAAAAAUGCGCUCUUCUUGCCAUUUUUGCACACUCACAAGGGCUGAAUCUGGGCCACCUAGAAUCAUAGAGCUGGGGGAGACUCCAGAGGACAUCUAGUCCAACCCUCUGCUCAGGGCAGGAUGCAACUGCUUCAUCCCUCACAAUUUGGCUGGCCGCCCUCCUACUUAAGCACCUCCAGGGUGCCACUUCCCAAGGCACACAGCACACAAGUCUUCUUCCAAGGAAUCCUGGGAAAUGUAGUUCACAAGUUGCAGAACUACAGUCGCCAGCACCCUUAACAAAUUAUACAGUUCCCAUGAUUUUUUGAGGGGGGUUGCUUUAAAUGUGUGGUAUAUACACACCCCUAGUUCCACGCUGUAAGACUUACUGUUAAGAAUCUCUAAAUAGGAAACCCUCAAAUGUGGCCCUCAAGGCCUCUCCAUCAGGCCCUUGGGACUUCCCCCCAGGCAGGAGUGCCGGCUUGGUCCCGCAACCGUGGGUGCAAGGAGCCACAGGUGCCAUGCAGCAGGCACGACCAUGGCACCAUAAUUUGGUGGUGCCCAGCACCUUCAUGUGGAAUUUUGUGGGUGCUUGGGCACCCAGGGCCCCAGGGAGUUGGCACCUAUGCCCACAGGCCACACGCACCUCCUUUAUUUUUCCCAGGACACACCCCUUCAAACACUCUGUUGUUUCCAAGUUGGAAAGUGUCAUUGGGCAAUGGUCACACUUCUUGCUAGUCCGUACGGAGGAUGGAGGGGCAGUGGUUGUGCACAGAAGCAAGCCUAAUGCAUAAAGUUAAAAUUAAUAUUUGUUGCUCCUCCAGCCAAAAUAGGGAUGCGGGUGGAAUAGGGACGCGAGUGGCGCUGUGGGUUAAACCACAGAGCCUAGGACUUGCCAAUCAGAAGGUCAGCGGUUCGAAUCCCCGUGACGGGGUGAGCUCCCGUUGCUCGGUCCAGCUCCUGCCAACCUAGCAGUUCGAAAGCAUGUUGAAGUGCAAAUAGAUAAAUAGGUACCGCGCCAGCGGGAAGGUAAACGGCAUUUCCGUGCGCUGCUCUGGUUCUCCAGAAGCGGCUUAGUCAUGCUGGCCACAUGACCCGGAAGCUGUACGCCGGCUCCCUCGGCCAGUAAAGCGAGAUGAGCGCCACAACCCCAGAGUUGGCCACAACUGGACCUAAUGUUCAGGGGUCCCUUUACCUUUACCUUUCACCAGCCAAAAACUGCUUCCUUGACAUUUCCUAUCUUUGGUUCUAAUCCUACCAACAACCACCAUAAUGUCUUGGAGCAGCCCACAGAGAAUCCCUUUCAUCUCUCCACAUCACUGUUUUACUUCAGGAAAUUCACUGUUGCCUCAGUCUAACCUACUUUGAAGGUUCAUUGUGCAGACAUGAAUCUUAAAAAGAUUGUGACAUCUGAUGAUACUUGACUUUAGUACUUGGCCACAGUGUUUUAUUUCCAUCAGUUGUUGUUGUUUUUUAACUUGAUGGUUUGAUUGCUGGCAUGCAAUAGUAUUUCAUAUCUGACAGUGUUUGGUAGAUUGAGAAAAACAAAAAUUGUCCACUUCCUACUGGAAUUGAAUUUCUUAUUGUGAACAGUGAAAAGCUAUGACUUCUGAGCUUCAGAAAGUCUAGAAUGCCUUUACAUAGAAAAGCAUAUGGUGGGGUCAUUUUUAAAUGAUUUUUUUUUUAUUUGAGUCAUUUGAAUGACUUAUAUGAGCCAUACAAUAAUCACUUACGAUCUUGGUGACUUGUGUUUUGUUUUAGACGCUCAUUCAGUUUGGUUACAUCCUGUGGUCAUAUUUGGCAUGAGACAGUGUUUACUCUUUGACCAUUUUUUAAUAAAUGACAUGCGGUGUCACCUCUUUUUUCCCCCAAAAUUGACAUGCAAUGUUAUGAGUAAUUGAUAGCUGAUAAGCAAUGGUAUUGGCUGGCAGCAGGCAUGUGAUGGUAUUUCAUGUUUCACAGCUUACAUACAAUGUCUCUUAGGAUGUUUGGAAGGCAUGCAAUAGCAUGAGUGGCAUUUCCUCCCACUCUGGUGAUCCAUGAUCUUUACUCCUCCACCCCUAUAAUUCCCAUUAUUCCCACCCCAAAACAGUAAAGUCUGUCUUUGAAGGAGAAGCACUGCAACUGUCAUUCUGAAAUUUAGCAUGUUUCAUCCUCUCAGAAGGGUGAGCAUGCCUGCAGAUUGCAUCCAAGUCUGGAAGAAAACAAGACUUGUUUCUUUUAAUAAUAAUAAAAACCCCAAACUUUAAGGGGUACACUGCCCAAACCCCCCAGAUAUAUCAUCUGCUUACAAUUUGGCAAGCUUGCUCCAAUCUGGAGGACCUUCUGUGCCUGAAAAUGUCACCUACUUUUCCAAAAAGGGGAUAUAUAUCUCCAUUUUUUAUUCCCCACUAUAGUGAAUGGGGAGAAAAUAGGGCUUUGUUUCUGAUAAGAUCUAAUUUGAGUCGAAGUGGAUGGAGCAACUUCAGAACAGAUUGGGCUGCUUCCCAAAGCUACAGACGCGAGUCAAAUAUUGUAGCCACCUAGCGGAUGAAGCUAGUUGCUUGGUGCUCCCAGUAUGGGGUGUCACUGAGGACUAGUAACUCAAAUGCUAAAUUUGUCAAUGGCCGGUGCAUUCACCCUGUAUCCUCUGCCUCUCCAGCCCCUGCUGUGCACUGUGCAUUGUUGAGUGCCGUGGGCAGUUGCCAAACCAAUCCCGUAGUUGCUUCUUCUUUCUGUGUGUUUUCACGCUGGGACUCUGCGGAGCGCCUGGAUCCCAUGGGAGGGUCUAAAAGAGAGACAAAACUGCAAUUGUUAUAAGUCCACAGCGAGACAACUAAGAAGAAACCUUUUAUCGCAGCCAUGUAGCAUGCAAAUUGCUGGUCAAACAUUAGGAAACGUCAUUAGCCCCAGAGCAAAGUUGAGUCCCGUUGAGUGAAUUCAUAUGUGCUUCUGAAUAGAUCUGCAUGGACGCUGCUCUUUUUCAGGGGCACUGAAAGUCGCCCUCACAACAGCUUUGCAAGGUAGGCCAUAUUAUUAUCCCCACAUUGCAUAAGAUCAUGUGGUAUAGUGUGGUAGCCAGCAUGCCGCCUUGAGCCAGGAUGAAAAUGCAAUGAAACGGUGUUUGAAAAGUUCCUGAGGGGCCAGAAGAAUUUGGCCAGUGAGAAUUUACUUCUUUCAUAGCUAGUUGGAUUCCAAGCCAAUCUUAAUCUGCCUUGGCCAAUUGUACAGCAAAAGGAUAAGCAGGAUUCAUAGCAGGCAAUCCCUCUGCGGGUUUAUGGAAGUGGACAAUUCUUAACAAUAAACCACCUCAAAUCUUGUAUUUCAAAAACAUCUGGGGUGGCAGGGGGUCAAGCAAGGGAGGGAAUAUGGGUCUGUGAAAUAUCUACACAUUUGCAUUUUUCAGUCUUCGGAUAUCGCUUCCUUGCCGACUGCCAGGGAGAAGGAAGCUCAGAGGCUGUCUUUUAAAUCAUUCUCCCUUGCAGAAGUUCUAUCAGGGAAAAAAGCCAUUAAUAAGAGGGUGGGGUGGGGGGGAGAAAGCAUUACCAUCUAUUAUUUGCCAUAACAUGAGUUUAAAACCAGGAAGUCGAAUGAUAAAAUAUGUGGUUGGUAAGUCUGGGGAGGGACAAGUGGAAUAAGUGAUAGCGCUGGGCCUCCGAGCCUUCAACUUAAUGUGCUAAGUAAACCCCCAGGUUAAAAAUGUAUGGAAAUUGUUGCAGCUCGGGGAGACAUAUUUUUAACUCUCCAAAAGGUUCCUGCAAAUCUACUGCCAGGGUUUCCCCCCCCCCCCUUCUCUCUCGUCCAAGAGUUGCACCAGACGAACAACUCUUUAGCAUUUCUUUGUGUGAGAUGACACACUCAUUGCGCUGCUGUGCUGUACUUGGGACCGGUUCAAGGUCCUAAUCUACAAGGCACCUCGAUGACUUGGGUUCUAGGAUACCUUGAGGACCGCCGGACAACCUUAUAUAUCCCUGCCUGCAGUUUGCAACCUCCUAGCCCUUUAAAAACUGACCCCGCUCUUGAAAAUACCCCAGAUCUCUCACACACAUGGUCAGCCUAUGAAUGGACUUGUGGAAUUGUUUCGCAGGCAGAUUUCAACAUGGCAGUAGGUAUGCAAACAUACUUGGGGACAGUGGGAGGCUAAAUUAUUGCCAAGGUUCACAGACCCUGACCCUGAGGACACAGAAGAUGGGGAAGACUAGGGGUAUUAACCACAUUUGGAGAGAAGACACCUUGCAGGGGUUUCUAGUGGGAGAGGACCCACCGUCGCAGGGGGUUGGACUAGAUUACCGUUUGGGUCCCAUCCAACCCUACAGUUCUGUGAUUGUAUGUAUACCAACCAUUGCUUUGCCUGGGGAAGUAGGUCUGUCCCCCUCUGACUCAGAGGACGGCAGCUCCGCAAAGCCCUCUGCAAGGCAAGUGGGGAAUCCAUUGCCACCCUAUAACUGGGAUAGACAUACAUCUCUCAGUCUUCCCAGAGCCUAUACCAGAGGGACAGGACAUAGUCCCUUUAUGUCACAGUAGGUUCCCGCAGAGAGGUUGUGGCUAGAGGCAACCCCUUGGCUGCAGGACAACGUUAAGUGGCCAGCUGCCCCACACCACCGUUGCUGCAGCAACAUCUUGGACUUGCUCUCCUGAAUUUGCCUUGCAUCCAGCCUCUGGUACUUCCUCCUCCUUACGGAGCUCUCCAGGGUCCUGAUCUCCUGCACUAAGCCUGCCAAGCCUUACCAAAAAUAUACCAAGGCCUAACUCUGACACUUGUCUUUGAUUCGGGAAUGAAGAUUACAGGGUUAAUCCAGAAGGUGCUUUAAAAAAACAAACUGGGAUCUGAAGGAAAAGGAGGGCAUAGCACCCAACAAGCAGGAAAGAGUCCAGGAUCUUAGAGUCAAUGCUGUUUUGCUUUCAGUACAGCCACCCUUUUCAGCCUCUGGUCCUUGUUGGACGUCAAGGCUGAGCCACUGGAGAGAGCCAGGACCCAGGGGCAACCAAGAGUCGAGGCAGCAGGGCAAUCAGAAUAUCAGGCUCAGAAGGCAGGACCAAAAAGUCAGGCCAGAAACACAAGGCAAGGUAUAGCUCAGGUUGGCUCAAGCAACCACUAGCAGGAAGAGGUGUGCCUUCCUGUCCAGGAGCAGCCAAUGGCCAUACUGGGUGGGUGGAGCUUGGCCAGAUCCGGAAGCUUCUUCCUUGAGAGGCCGCAGUGAUGCAGCUCGCCACAUGGGGCAGUGGUCAGCCGCUCCUGACCAUGGAUCUUGCAGCGACUGGUUUCAGUGACCACUUCCAAGUCCAAUCCUCUUUUAACUGGUUAAGCAAAGGUGAUCUACCUAUAGGUAACUAAUAUCGCUCUUCUCUUGUGGUUCGCGUACCUAGUUUAUUUCACAAUAUAUACGAGGACAAGGGUUUGCCGCUGGAGGUUCCAGAUACAAAUGGAGUGGUCAGCGUAACCUGCAGCCCCAAUUAUGAACCCAGAAAAUUGAUGCCACGCUUGUCCAAGUAUGAAGGGACGAGGGUGGGGGGAAGGUCUUUUUUGGCGUGUUUGUGUUGGCUACGCAAUCCAUAUUUAAACAGGCCCUAAGCUUGUCAUCCAACGCUCAUGCACACCACUCAGCCAUCCUUUAACCUCUGAGUGAAAUGUCACAAACGCGGUAUGUAGAUUGAAAGGCGAGUAAUUGAUCCCUUUGUGCGAUGGCGGCAGCGCAGUGUUUAGACUUUGCUUGCCAGCCCCUUCCCCCCACCCCCAGCCCGCCUCGCAAGCUCCCCGUCUCCCUAUUGAGCCGGCCAUGCUGUUGAAUUUAUGAAGAGAGAUGUUUUAGCAGAAAAUCCCCCAGAGUCUCCCUUCAAGCCUUAAAUCCCCAACCUGUUCUCCCCGGGAGACCUCAUGACACGGAGCAUGGCAAGCCAGCUUCCUCUUGCUUAUGCAUUAGCCAUCUAUUUCAGCUUUCUGACAUCUCUCACACAUAAAACGGUAAGAGAGAAAUAAAAUAUCAGUCUCUGGGCGAAAAUAAAGCUUUGCCUCCCUCCUGAUCUAUAGGAUAUAAAAUAAAGCCGAGACUUUGAUAGUGGCUUUUCCUUAUGCUGGGGUUGUUCUUCCACACAGGAAGACAAUGAAGAUGGAUGGCGCAGAUUCUCCAGGUUUUACUUCACCCUUUCCUUCCUUUUAUUCUUCUUUCGUCUUUGUCAGUUUUCUUCUUUCUCUUCUUGUUUUUAAAUUCCCUCUUCAAAUCCUCUGUUCCCGGCUGCACUCCUUGGUCACGUAAUAAUACCUUGCCAACAUUUGUAUAGCGCUUUCAGUCGUUCAAAUCGUUUCCCAUAGAAUCAUGGAAUUGUUGGAAGGGACCCCAAGGCAGUGGCAUAGCGUGGGGUUCCAGUGCCCGGGCCCACAUGGAGGAGAAUUGGUGGGAGGGAAGCGGAUGGAGUACACAUGCGCAUUCAGCUGCAUAAUGUUAUCCGCAUCACCCAGGAGAUCACAGCCACAGAGAUAAGAAAAUAAGAGUUGUUGCGUUGUCUGGAGAGGUCACAUCCUGGUUCUCAUGGAGAAGCCGUUUUCAACAGAGCCCAGUGACGGAAGUGCGCAGCUGUACUGAGGCAGCACUGGGUGCUGAAAUUUUAUGCCCCUAAGAAUUUUGCACCCAGGGCAACCACCCCUGUGCCCCCCACUACACCACUGCCCCAAGGGUCAUCUAGUCCACCCCCUGCAAUGCAGGGAUCCCUACUUCGUACCUCAUCCAGUUCAGGGGUAGGGAGUCUUAGGCCCGGGGCAGUCAAAUGUAGCCCUCAAGUCUUCUCCAUCAAGGAAGCUCUCUAGGCUACAGUUCCUGCCCAGAAGACAAAUGAGAAAAGUUCCUGAUAUGAUGCUUCAUAUCACUGGUUCUACAAAUUUUACCCUUUCUGGGAAUGGGAAUCUGGGGAUCAUGGUUCGUCUUACUCACAUACCCCUAGUUGCCUACGAGACACACAGACCAGACUCCCCAUCUCCCUUCUCUGGAACUUGACCGCCACCAGUCUGACAUCUUCAUCCACAUCGUCUGCCUCUCGCCCUCUGAAUCUUCAUUUGCUUGUUCCAGAACCAAACCCUUCCCCUCCAGCCCUGGGCCACCUUGGAACUCAGCCAAGACCUGACAAGCCUAAGCUACACAUCUACACACAGACCUUUGUACACACAGACCGAUGGCAGCUUUUGAGAAAAAAGCUUCUUCAGGCAGAACUGAUUUUUCAGUAUAGAAGUGAUGCAGGCUGCUUCACCCUUCUGCCACUGCCGCACCUUCCCUCUCCUAAACUGCUUUCCCACCAUCAUCGCAGAGACACAUUUUUCAGGGCAAACAAGCACCUGGAAGCCUGCAAGGGAGAAUGUUGGAGGGGAAAGGAGUUGCAGCAUAAAAAUGGGAGGAGGGGAAGGGUUAGGUGCCUCUCCUUUGCACUUCUCGGCUAAAAAUGGAGGCUACUUUUCCCUUUUGAAAAAAAGAGCAUAGGUACCUUUUGCAUUUAUUUAUUUUUAAAUGCAUGUUCGCAUGCAAUGGAUUUAGUUUGGUUUCAGGUCAGCUUCCACACUAGCAAAAAAUUAAAGUCUCAAAAGCUUCCAUCUUUUCUAUUUUAACCCCCUUUGUCAAUUUACUUUCCUUUUCUAAUUGUACCUUUCUUUUCCCCAGCUCUGUCCCAAGCUAGAUUCAUGCUAUCCAAUGCCUUGAGUGCGCAAGAGAAGGCUGCUCCCUUAUUCAUUCCAUAUGAAUUCACCAUUUGGGGGGGGGGAGGGGGUGUCAGAAAGCCACUCAUCUUCCACCCCCUACUCAAAGAGUACAAGAGAGAAAAUGGAGUUUGAGGAGAGGGAGAAACUUAAAGUAAACAUAUAUGUAUAUAACCCUAUUAAUUUUGAAUCUGCUGUUCAGAUUACAAGAUGGUGGGCAAAUAAUAUGAAUAAUUGAGGGCUAUGGAGUUCUCUCCCUAACAUCCUAAAUGUGUUUGCCUGCGGUGUUUGCCAUAUGGAAAUAUUAAAAGUAUUUGUGAAUAUUUUAAAAAUGAAAGCAGAGGGAACUUCGAAGCAUUGUCUUCUGCUCAGGCUUGGAGAAAAGGGAGCUGCUGGGAGUUUGUCAACCUAGAGAUCAUGACUGUAAGGGCCACAGCUCAGUUGGCAGGACAUGUGCCCUGCAUGCAGAAGGUCCCAGGUUCAAUCCCCGGGCAUCUCCAGGUAUGGCUGGGUGAGGCCCCUUGCUUGAAACCUUGGAGAGCCACUGCCAGUCAGUGUAGACAGUACUGACCCAGAAAGACCAGCUGUAUUCUUUUGUUGAAAUUCCUGCAUUGCAGGGGGUUGGACUAGAUGACCCCAUAGGUCCCUUCCAACUCUACAAUUUUGUGACUCAGUAUAAGGCGGCUUUCUGUAUUCCUAUUUAAAUUAUUCAUCAGGGAAUCAAGCAGACCAGAAUCUUUUUUUUAAUUAGAAGCUAAAAUCCAAAAGAAAAAGGGAAUAAAUGAAGAGGGAAGGCACCGAAAGUAACUGAGCGGCAUGGCCCACUUCAUAAAAGAAAUAGACAUUCCUUUGCAAAUAUUCAAGAUGCCAGCUAUCAUGAGCAAGGAGAAGAGACUCAGAGAUUUAAUGUGCAUCUGAUGCUGCCCACCGGCUGGCAGACAGGAUGGUGAUUCCUCCUCCAAAGACAGGGUGUUUCAUCUUUAGCGAUGAAGGCCCGAAAACGAAAACCUUGGGACUUAAAUGGGGGAAAUGAGUGACGCUCAAGUCAUUUUGCCUGGCUGCCUGUUUUAGUAGAAGCCGCUGGGCUUUGAGGGCUGGGGAAAUGAAGCCCCAAAAAGGAAGAUGUCAAGGCAUACAGGUACAGAGAAAGAGAAGACGGGAGAUGCUGGGGAACACCUUUUGAAUAAUGAGAGAGAGAGAGAGAGAGAGAGAGAGAGAGAGAGAGAGAGAGAGAGUGUCUCCCAAGCAGUUAUUAAAAGCACUGGGGUUUUAUCCAUGAUAUACAAGGUGUUAAUACGCCCAAUUUACAGGACUGGAGGGCUGAGGCAAGGAACAUUUGUUCACAAAAUACCUUAAUAUCCCCAUUUUACAGAACUGGAAGAUGGAGGCAAAGACCACUGCAUCCAUGGCAGCACCACAGAGGCAUCCAACUUCUGUUAUCUAAAUGUCAAUCUUAGCUGUUGUUUUCUUUUUCAGUUGGCCCUGAGAUGCCUUUUAUAUUAAAAAAAUUCUCACUCAGCUGAUCAAAGGGGCCUGGCUAAUAUUUCCCCAUUUAUUAGGAAGUGUAAUAACUGUAGUGGUGGUUUCUGUGUGUUUGUCCUAAGCAGAGAAGGAUGGAAGAGUCAGACAAAGGUGAAUUAAUGCUUUGCAUCCCAUAAUGAAAUUGGAGGAUGGUGGGCUUGCACACUGCCUCACUCCUUGCAGCCUCUGCUGCAACUGAGGCUUCCCAACCCAAGCAUUCAGCUUUUCGAGUCCCACUCAAGCAGCCUUAUGUGUUGUGUGGUCCAUUCAUAAUUGCCGCAGAGUGCAUGGGAAAUUGCAACCAGGGCUGGCUGUGACAUUGGCCCAGAAACUAGCCAGAGAACCCAGACACAGGGAUAAGGGAGUAAUUCAGUUCAGUUCACAUUUAAAGGCCAGCCUACCCAGUCUGCACUUUCUGGAAGAAAGCAGUAACCAAAACACUGCCAUCCUGAGAAAUUCGCACUUCUCCAAAUUUUGCAACGCAGUUCUCUAGUCAAGUGACACGUACAAAAAUGCAUAUACUGGGACAUAAAAAUUAAUACACUGGUGAAAACAAUACACAAAAAUGGUUCAUGCUGGAGGAGAUCAAUUCGCAAAAAUAUCUACAGUGGUACCUCGGGUUACAUAUGCUUCAGGUUACAUACGCUUCAGGUUACAGACUCCGCUAACCCAGAAAUAUUACCUUGGGUUAAGAACUUUGCUUCAGGAUGAGAACAGAAAUCGUGCUGCAGCGGCAUGGUGGCAGCAGGAGGCCCCAUUAGCUAAAGUGGUGCUUCAGGUUAAGAACAGUUUCAGGUUAAGAACAGACCUCCAGAAUGAAUUAAGUUUUUAACCUGAGCUACCACUGUAUAUUGGAAGUCAUGGCAAACAAAAAAAAUGUGGAUAUUAGGACAAAUUCACACUAGGAUGCUGAUGGAUUUUCAAGAGGAUUUUCAAGAGUUUUUAUUUUAAUUGAAAACUGAUGUGGAAAUGAGGAAAACCAGUUUUAAGACUGGAAAAUGGAGGCACUAACCAGACUUAUGCAAUAGUUGGGGGUUAUAUUGGGUAACGUCCAAAUUACAGAGCCCCCACUCCAAUGUCAAACCCCAUAAUCAGAGUUCUGGCAUUAACUAAGACAAGCCAGAGGUCCAUCUAGUCCAACAAUCUCUUCUCACAGUGGCCAACCAGCUGCAGAAUUCGAACGUAAGUGCACUCUCCUGUGGUUUCCAGAAUCUGGCAUUCAGAAGCAUUCCUGCCUCCCACAGUGAAGGUGGCAGGUCUCCGUCAGUAGCCAUUGGUAGCCUUGCCCUCCAUCAAUUUGUCCCGUCAUCUUCUAAAGCCACCUGAGAUGAUGGCCAUCGUGCAACCCCACAAGCCUUUGCAAGUGCAAUCCCAGGAGUGCUGAUGGUUUUUUCCCCCCAAGGGUUUCCAGAGGUUUAGAGGGUGUUUGCAGGCUUUUACAUUGCUGCUCCCAUUACUCACGAUUUCACUUAAACGUGUGGUGCCUUGGAACAUAAGGGGGAAUUGCCUGGUGCCUAAAGAUAUAUAAUGAAGGCUCCAGGUGAGUCUCCCUGGGAAGAGCAUUCCACAAACACGGAGCCACCACAGAAAAGGCCCUGUUCUCGUGUUGCCACCUUGUGUACCGCAACAUACAGAUUGUCCAGAAGUGACCUACGUUCUUUUCUAUUUUUCAAUCUCUUUAUUAGAUUUUGUUUUUUUGAAAAUACGGAUUUAAACUAAACUAGCCUACUCUAAAAAAAAUAAAAAUAAAGUCAGUUUCUGCAUUGUUCCAACCACUUUUGCCUCUGGGCCCACCCUCCACCGGAAUAUUGCCCAAAAUGUUGCUGGGAGAGGGCUGGGAAGUCUUCACCCAACACACAUUGCCUGAAUUGUUUGCCAAACUCCUGUUCAAAUUCAAUGAAGCUGUCGUCUGCACAUGUGCAAGAAUUGUCUCAAGUGUACACACCUCUGCUUAACAUUUCCCAUUGGGACAGAAGCUGGCUUGAAGGGAAACACCAAACUGCAGCAUUUCUCAGGAAACAAUAGGAUCUGCAUGGAUCGUGGCCUGCUCCCCUGUGUGCUCUGCUUCAAUCGCCAGCAGGUGGGAGCUUGCUGGAGUCAGACUGUACCCAGCUUAAAUCUCACACAUAUUCAAAUUUAGCUCAGCUGGCUAGGGCUGACUGCCAUUGACAUCCUCCAGAACUGAACCCCCCACAGCGGCUAUUCCACCUGGUCAUUAUGUAACUAUUAUGUAAGAGCUGGCACCCAAAUUAGCUUCCUCCCUCUCUGCCAACCCCUUUCUUUCUCCCAUUUGUCAUUAAGCCAAAGAGGACACUCUCUGUUCUUAUACAGUACUUAGGAGAAAUGUUGAGGUCUUAGCAGUGAUACCCAACUAAACCAUACUCAGAGUAGACCGAAUGAAAUCAAUGAACCUUGCAUUGAUUUCAUAGGUCUAAAGCAUGAGUAACGUUGGCUUUCACCCUAUAAUACAACGACGACUCAUUUCAGCACACGCACCGAUUUCAAUCAAUCUGCUCUGAGCAUGAUUAACAUUGGCUAUCGCCUUAUAUCGGCAUUUGCCAACCAGGUACCUGCCAGUUUUGGACUAAAACUGGGACUGAUGGGAAUUGUGGUCCAAGAUAUCCAGAGGGCAGCUAGUUGGCAAAGACUGCCUUAUAUUAUUUAUAAUACUUUCAGUGCACACAAAUACUUUUCUGCAAAGGUGAACAAGACAGGUUUCCUCCUACACACGCACACCCCACAGUUCCCAUGAUGGAACUCAUGUCACGUUAAUGACCCACUGCAGGAACCAGCCUGGAUAAACCCAGGAAACAACAUUCUCCAACUCCCUGGGCUUCCUUCUCCUCUCCCCCCCCCCUCGCGCCUUUACCUCCUUCCCAAAUGAUUUGCCCAAAAACCAAAGGAGGCUUUGCCAGGAAGCUCUGACAAUAAAUCAAUGUAACCUUUCAAAACCCAUCUGAUCAAAAGGCAGGUUUGCUUUAGUGGUUUUGCGAGGGAAGUCUGACGCUUUCCAGAUCAGUGCUCUUACAGGUUCCUAAAAUCAUUAAGGGGAGGGGUGGGGAUGUUUGAAAGCAGGGGGAGAAACAGGUUUGUAUAAUAAUCUCCUUUUGUGGGACCUUGGAAGCAAUUACAGCCCUGACCUCCUCCCUUAUUUCCCCCACACACACCUUCCUGCUCGCCUUUUCAUAUCCUAUAGCCCAGAUAUAGCCCACUGCACAGAGGAAACAUCCCCACCAACAUACUGGAAAGAAAGGAGGGUUAAUGGCUGCCUGGUCCUUUUGGGGAGGAAAUGGCAAAAGUUGUCUUUCUCCCUCCCCACUUCUCUCUGUCUGUCUCUCUCCCAUCGAUUUAGAUUGGAAGCUCCUCAAGGCAAGAGCCUGUCCUCUUGCUCUUCAACAAGCACAAUGCAUGCAGAUGAGACUACAGUGGUACCUCGGGUUAAGAACUUAAUUCAUUCUGGAGGUCUGUUCUUAACAUGAAACUGUUCUUAACCUGAGGUACCACUUUAGCUAAUGGGGCUUCCCGCUGCUGCCGGAGCAGGAUUUCUGUGCUCAUCUCUUCUUAACCCGAGGUACUAUUUCUGGGUUAGCGGAGUCUAUAACCUGAAGUGUCUGUAACCUGAAGCAUCUGUAACCCGAGGUACCACGGUAUAAAAAAACGCACCAUCAUCAUCCUUGCCCCCAGGAUUGGUAGAUCUAGGGUUGUACCCCAUACUAAAGCUGCACAAAGUAGGCUAAUUUAAAAUAAGGGGCUCAUGACUUAACUUGGCUCCAUUAAUUUCAGUCAGUCUAAUGAGUAUAUAAGAAGAGCCUGCCGGAUCAGGCCAACGGUCCUUCUAAUUCAGGAGCCAACCAGAUGCCCCAAUGGGAAAAGCGUGCAGGAUUCAAGCAUAAGAACAUCCUCCCUCCCCCCUUGGUCUCCAGCAGCUGGCAUUCAGAAACAUUGUUGCCUCUUAACUAUUGGCUACAACCUUUAUUUGUUUGUUUCACUUCACUUGUUUCACUUCCAUGUGAAAUGUUAUGAUGAUGUCUCUUUUCCUCUCUGCUGAAGUAUCUCCUUCAAAACAACCCACUUUUUUUAAAAAAAAAACCUUUGCCUUCAUGCCUUUAAUCUUCAUCUUCCCCCAUCCCAAAACAUAGUCUAUGUUCACUAGUACAUGUGAACACAUUUAAUCACUUCCUAACCUUUUGCACAUCCCUGUUUUCAGCCUUGUUGCCACAUGACCGCCACAGUCUUGUUUGUUUGUUUGUUUGUUUGUUUGUUUGUAACUCUUGAAAAGCCCAGCAGGGUCUUCUCGUCAAUGUCAUAUUGUAUUCCUCUUGAGAGCAGAGGCCCAUGGUUAUUUUGGCUUGGCUCACGAGACUGUCUUAAAAAACAGCGAUGUAGAAUGAUGCAACUAUAUUGGUGAUGCUCUCAGGCUCUCCUUCACUCUUUGCUUGUAGGAAACCCAUUCCAGACUGAGCUGGCGAAAAAACACCUUAUUACCUGCCAACAGGAAGAAAUGCAUUGUUGGGUACCACCCCAGUCUCUCAGUGGUGAAAGACUCCAGAGGUCGCAGUGAUUAACCAUGGUUCAGUUUCCUGGAAACAGUGGUGAGUGUGCUGUCUUUAGUAUAUAUGGUUUUAUAUCCUAUGGUCAGAGGCAGGAUGCUUCUGGAUGCCCAUUGUUGAAAACCACAGGAGGGGAGAGUGCUCUCGCACUCAGGGCCCUGCUGGCAGGCUUUCCAUUGGGGGCAUCCGGCUGGUCACUGUGAGAACAGGUUGCUGGACCAGGAGGUCCAUUAGCACGAUCCAGCAGGGCUGAGUUAUGUUCUUAAUACGCAGCCCCCCCAGAUUUCGCCAAACUGCAUCAACUCCAGCCAUCACAGCUAAAGGUCAGGGAUGCAGAGAGCUGGAAGUGGUGUGACUCUGAUUUAGGAUCUACUUUGGAAGACCAGCCAAGUUCAUUCAUCCCAUACUCCAGCGACACACUAGAUCAGGGUUUCCCAAACCCGGGUUCUCCAGCUGAACCCAAAUCCAGCUGGAUCAUCGCUGAAGUUGGCCUGAGAGUUCCUAAGGUGGGGACGGUGGUGGUCUUUGUAACUGCUGAGAUGGCAGCCACCAAUUCGAAACAAGUCGGUGGACCACAGCAUCACUUUGGCAUGACUUCACCGGGGUUUGGCACCUCUCAAGAUAUUGUCAACAAACUUGGGAGAAGGGUUUGCAAGUCUUUACCAAGUUUGGAUGCCAAGUGCCAUGUUUGAAUCAAGAAGGUGGGGCCAAAUUACACCGCCACCCACUUUUUAAGCAUAGGUUUGGCCACUUCUUAAGGUGCCACCUCCAAACUCAGCAUGAGAAUUCAUGAGAUGGGACAGCGGUCUUCAUUGUCUUUGGAUGCCAAGCACCAUUUUGAAUCGAGAUGCUGGACCAAAGAUGGUGACUUCGCCAGAUUAAGUGCUGCAGAAAAGGAUAAUAUUAUCAUAGGGUCCGGGGCAAGGAAGAAACAAGCCCCCUCUUUUGUAACAAGUUUCCGAUGUCCGGCCCUAUUGAAAAACCAACAGUCAGUAUCUGUUUCAGAUCUGAAUUGAUCUUAAAUACAUGCUGUUGUCAUUUUCUUUAACUGCUUUUAUAUUUAUGAUUUCUAAAUGGUUUUUAUAUAUGCAAUCACUUUAAUUGUUUCUUAUAUGUGUAACUAUUUUAUAUAUGGUACUAUAUUGCUUAUUGCUUUGGGAUGUCUCGGGGGAAGCAAUUGUUAUUGAAACAAACAAGAACAAUAUUUUACUUUGUUUACAGGGCAGCGUUUCCCCCUGGAAGUCAGCCAAAAUUUGCAUUCAGCCACAUAAAUUAGCAUUUGUGAAUUUUAUCCAGUUUUUAGCCAUGUGUGCCUUGAGUCUUUUAAAGAUCUCACAAUGCCCUUCAGCCUACCAAUAAUCUUAAACAAAACAUCCCUACGCCAAUUAAAUUAGGCCUGUGCAAUUAAUUGAUGGGUGUUAUGUUGUUGUUGUUGUUGUUUGGGGUAUAGUUUUUGUUUGUUAUUAUGCUAUGUAUUUUUGUGUUUUUAUAUUGCAUACCGCCCUCUGAUCUUUGGAUGAUGGAUGGUACAGAAAUAGUAGCAACAGUCGUAGUGGACUAUAGACUGCAAUCUGAACCCAGCUUAUUUGGGAGGGAGCCCUAUUGAAUUCUGCUUCUGGGUCAAAAUGGUUAGGAUUGUACUAUACGGCUGCAGCCUCAAACACAGUUAUUGGGGAGGAAGGCCUAUUGAGCAGAGCAGAGCUUCAGAGGAACUGGGCACAGGGUUGCACUCUUCAUACUUUUGUUGACUGGAUGCAUGGGAGAAGGGAGGAAAGCUUGGAGCCUUUAGCCAGUCUGUCUGCAACUGUUUGGGAAAGUGAAAAAGGAGAGAGAGGGAGGGGGAGAGAGAGAGAAAAGGGGGGAGAAAUAAAUUGAAGAGAGAAUAAAUGAAAGAAAGAAAGUGAACUACAUAGACAGAUAUAGAUAGAGGGAAAGGAAGGAAAUAUAUAUAGUCAGAGAAUAAAUUAAAGACAGUGAAUAAAUGAAAGAAAGAAUGAAAUAAUGAACAAGAUAGAUGAAGAAAGAAAGAAUAAAAUAGAGAGAUAAAUAGAGAGAUGAGGAGAAGGAAGGAAGGAAGGAAGGAAGGAAGGAAGGAAGGAAGGAAGGAAGGAAGGAUAGAUGAUAGAUAGAUAGAUAGAUAGAUAGAUAGAUAGAUAGAUAUAGAUAGAUAGAUAGAUAGAUAGAGAUAUCUGGUAUUCUCCUCCUAGCCUGCUCCUUCCUGAAAGUCCAGCCCUAGCAGGCUGAUAACAAAGUCUCUUCUUGCUCAGCGAAAUCCGCAGCUGGGUUUCUUCCCCCGCCCAAUUCACACACACAAACCCCUCAUCUCCGCAAACCGUUGAGGGGCCUGCGAUGCUCAUCUCCUGCGCCUUAUUCAUCCCGCAUCAGCGCUUUUCACUUGGGGGGCUGGAGUCAAAGGCGAAUGGGUCCCUUGGCACCGCUGGUGCAUCUGUCGCCUGGGAGGGGAUGGAGGGAGCCGGCGGGCCGUGCAGCUUGGCAGGAGGACGGAGGAUGGAGGAGGAGGAGGAGGAGGAGGAGGAGCCCAGCGCUGGCCGCCAAGUGGACCCUCUGGAGAUAUGGGGCCAGGGACUCGGGGCUCUCGCCUUUCCCUCUUCUCCUUUGUACUAUCUCUCAUUCAUUCUCUCUCUCUCUCUCUCUCUCUUUCUUUCUUUCUUUCCCUUCCUCUCUCCCAUUCAGGGCUCUCCCAGUCAAUCAGCUCACUGAGCAUCCUUCCUUGUUUCUGUGCAGGGAGAUUAGACGAUGUCGGCUCUUUCACGCGCCUUGUGGGUAUGUUAGACGACAGUUGUCUCAAAACAAGUGACUCAGCGCGCUUCCCCCGUGCAUUUUCACACCCCCCCCCCUUAUCUCAAAGGGGGCUUCCACACUGUCGCUUUUUUUCAAAAGGAGGUUUGAUCCCCUCCCACCAAAAAAUUCAGGUCGCGCAAUUAUAGCUGCUGGGGAGCAGGGACUCUUGCACAACAAACCGGCUUGCGCCCAAAACUUAAGUCUUUCUGCUCUCUCUUUUUUGAGAAAAGGAAAGUGACGGAAAGAGGCACUGGGAAGUAACGCUGGAGGUAACCUCCCACAAUCAAAUUCGAAUUAUAGCUCAUUAAAUCGGUGUUUUGAAGCUCUCAAAGAGUCCUAUUUGGAGCGGGGGAAGAGACGUGUCUUCCCCUUUAUUUCUCCCGUUCUCUUUAUCUUUCCCCUGUGUUUUCCCUCUCCCUCUUUCCCUGCCCCUCUCACUUUCUCUUCUUUCUCUACAUGGGGGGGAGGGGAAUCAGUGAGAAUCAUUAUGAACCCCCAUACCUUCCCCCCCCCCGGAACCCUCCCUUUUUUCUACACCCACAUAGGCAAAAAGUCAAGAAGCAGACAAGCAAUGGCAAAACCCAAAGACGCCUUAGACGCGGAACCCGUAAAGUUAGGUCUGGCUUUAGAUAUGGAAUCUGCAAAGUUACGUCGGAAUGCGUCCCAGAGACGAUUUAGACACGGAAUCUGCACAGUGACGUCGGAAUCCGUUCCAGGCACGUCUUAGACGAGGAAUCUGUCCAUGCAAAGCUUUUUCUUUUUCCAGCGUUUGUUUGAACCCCUCUUGCUCAUAAAUGCAAACUGUCUUGGCUUCAGUAAAAGGGGAGCGCCCUCGGAGAGGGUAAAUCGCGAGACUACUCUCCUAGGAAACCUCCGACGCGACCAGCGAAGCCUAGGCACGCCUCUUGAGCAAAGCUCAAGGGCGACUUGCUUCUGAGUAAACAUGCAUAGGAUCGAGCUGUUGGGGAGCUCAGGAUCGCGGUCUGAGCAGCUCGAUGAUCCGACCCACCGCGCGCCUUGGCUGCCCGGCUAAAUCCUUGGGCAGUCUAAGAUCCUUCCAACGCCUGCAGAUCUUCUUAUGUAAGGAGAUUUCUUUGGAAGCAGGUCCCUAUCGGGAUGCGCGGAGUUUCUUCCUAAACCACGCUCGCUGUGGAUCGCAGCUAUCUCAUUCUCUUAAACUAAUGGUAAAGGCAUCUCACUAGUUUGCUGGUGGUCGGGCUGCAGUAUUCCGUAUUAAUCGUUUCUCUAGAAUUGACCCGCAGGUCCUGAUCUGGAAACGGAUUUCAUGGGGAAAACAUGGGCUGGGUCUGCUCCCCUAAGCAACGUGUUUCAAACUGGGGAGCGCAAAGAGGCUUCACUCUGGAUUCACUAGGUUGUAAAUCGGAUUGAGAGGGGUGAUUGGGGGAAGAACAGGGGUGUUGCUGACCUCACACUCCGCCCUAUGUUAUGGGGGGGGCAGGAUGUAUCAGUUUAUGGCAAACUUGCAAGAUAGCAGAAAUACUUCAGGGGUGGAGAAUCAAGAGAUUAGCUGAGGUGGGGAGGAAGGUUAUCUCUUGAAUUGAUUUGGGGAUGGGAUACUUUCUGGAGCGACUACGUUUAAAGAAACAGCAGCAGCGCAAUCCUAUGCGCCUCUCAUCAGAAGUUAAGUCCUACUGCGUUCAAUAAAUCUUAUUUCCAAAAAAGCGUGUUUUACAGGGGGUUUUAAAACACCAUAGUUUCGCCUUCACCCCGUUGUUUUAACACCACAUGUUUGGUCUCCAAGCAAAUAAUUCAUUCUAAAAGAACUGGCAUCGGGGUCCUAAGCAAAUUUUAGACGGGAAAUAAACACUCUUCGUUUCACAUCCCUUCCAACUAAGGGGAGAAACUUUAGGGAACAAACCGAUUUCACUUUUUGAAAAAAGGAAACUUCCGUUUGUGUGGCAGUUUUGGAGAAACCUUAGUUUGUAAGAAUAUUGUUCCGUUAGAAAAACGAAAUAAUAAGAAAGGAGAAAAUGUAGGAGUUCGAUUUUUUUCCCAGGAUAAAUAAACAAACCUAAAAUAAGUAGAAAUGAGACCGUUAAAGGUGGCAUAAAUUAUUACUGUAUAUUAUUAUUAUUAGCAGAAUUAAUAGCAACAGCAAUCUUUCUGUUUCCAUUAUUAUUUUAUCCCUUUUUCUAGUCAUUCGAGGUGAAAAACAAUUACAACUAAAUUCAUUAUUUCUUAUUUUUAUGGUUUUUCUUGUUUGUUUGUUUUGGCACUCGGAGAGCCAAACCGAACCGGAGAAGUGUCGGAAUACCGUCUGCCUGCGAAAUUCUUCGGCUCCACUCAUCUUGCUAGUCAUGUUGUGUAAACCUAAAGGCGAGAACUUGUUAGCCUUCUAUUUGAGAAGGGCUUUGACUGGGAGGGGGAUUUAAAUGUAGCUCUCUCCUGUUAAAAAACAAACAAACACGGCUGUUUUCUCAGAGGUUUGAGCCUCUUGACCGAAAGCGGCAAGAUUUUAGGUGGGGAAUUUGUCAGAAGGGGAGAUUUUAAGCGAUUCGCGUUUCUGCAGUUAAUGGAAAUCGACUUUUAAAACUUCUAUUUUCGGGGAGGGGGCAGGUGAGGGCUGGAAAGAGGGGGUGCCUCCGGCCUCCCUUCCCCCAGAUCAACAAGUGCUACCUGGAUUAAGCAAUUUGUACGACACACAGACAUCUUUUUGUCUUCUCCUCGAGUCAUCCAUUUCCAAAGGCUGGCCAGCCCCCAUAUAUAUAUAUAUAUAUAUAUAUAUAUAUAUAUAUAUGAGUAAAAGUACAAAGACAAACGGGGAGGGAAAAGGGGGAGAUACAUAUAUGGAUGAAUAUAUUCCCCCACUUCACUCCAGCCUCGAGGCCUAACCCAAAGCUCAUGAGUUCAUCUUUCACGGAAAUCCCUCCUCCCUCCUCCCUCCAAAAAUGGUCACAUAAAACAGCAUCCUUCACAAAGCAUGGAGAGUUUGUGUACUGUAUGUUUUAUAAAUAUAUAUUUAUACACAGAGAGAGAGGGAGACUUAGAGCCAUUGAAAAUAACGAGCCUGACUUGUAUCGAUAUAUUUCAGUGAGUAAAAAUUAGUUGAAUACAACUCAUGCACGCACACUUGACACACGUAUACACGCAAUACGCAUACAUACACAUUGUACUCCCUUUUUUUAAAAAAACUAGAAGUACUGCAGAUUUAGGGAACGUGAGGACGAUCUUAUCCGGACGUCUGCACCCGCGUCCUCCCGGGCUAAAGUUCUUCCUUCCAAAAUACCUUUCCCCCCCCCCCUCGCGGAUGGCGAGGUCUUUCUCCCUCGGUCCGCUCCGAGGCUGCCCCUUUGAUCUGCCAGCACAUUGGCUUUUGAAGGAGCUGCCUGCAUGCUGUGUGAUCUCCUUCCCAGUGCGCCGCCCCCCCCCCCCGCAACGCCCAGGAUCUCCUCCUCGGGGAUCGAGUGCUAUUUGUGAAGUCCAGGCAGACUGCAGUCAGCAAUCGAGGUUCUAGACAUCAGGAGUCUUUUCGCCCUGACAUCUCGCAAAACACACACAGACUUUAUCUUUGUCUCGCCUCCCACCUGCAACGUAAUAAGGCCCCAUUUCCAUUUCAGACUAGGAGGAGAUUCUUGCCCCGACCCUCAGCAAAACACCCACACGCACCUCUUUUGCCAAUGCUAAACUUUUUAUAAAACACACAAAGAGAGAGAUAAAUCGUAUACAAUGAAGUUGAGUUUCCUCCCUUUCAAGUCGGGCGAGCGAUUAUGCCCCCUUCCCUUUCUGCUAAGAGAAACCUUACUUCAUUUAUUAACUACUGAGAGUAGAGCCAUUCAAAGCAAUGGCCCUCAAUCCGCAGGUCCCCCGUCUUCUUCAGUGGGUCUGCUCCGAGCAGGUCGAGAAGUUGCGCCCCAACCUUAGCCGCGCUCAGAGCAGACCCCUCGAAACCCACGCGAGCGCUUUCCACGGGUCCACUAGACAGCACAGCCCCCGAGCUGGUCCCAACAUCGAUUCCAGGCGUCUCCCUCGCUUGAAACCCUGGGGAGGGCGGCUGCCAGUCCGUGUGGACAAUAUUGACCUCAAGUGGACCAAAUGGGUCUGGCUCUGUAUAAGGCAUGAUUGCCUACGUUCCUAGUUCGAUGCAACCCCUUUUAAAAAGGAAAAAUAAAGAUACACACACACACACACACACACACACAUAUCUAUGCUUAUGUCACACACACACACACACACACGCACACACGCACAUAUGCCUAUCUUUAAAGCUAUGGUUUUCCCAGUAGUGAUGUAUGGAAGUGAGAGCUGGACCAUAAAGAAGGCUAAUCGCCGAAGAAUUGAUGCUUUUGAAUUAUGGUGCUGGAGGAGACUCUUGAGAGUCCCAUGGACUGCAAGAAGAUCAAACCUCAUCAUUCUUAAGGAAAUCAGCCCUGAGUGCUCACUGGAAGGACAGAUCCUGAAGCUGAGGCUCCAAUACUUUGGCCACCUCAUCAGAAGAGAAGACUCCCUGGAAAAGACCCUGAUGCUGGGAAAGAUGGAGGGCACAAGGAAAAGGGGACGACAGAGGACGAGGUGGUUGGACAGUGUUCUCGAAGCUACCAGCAUGAGUUUGACCAAACUGCGGGAGGCAGUGGAAGACAGGAGUGCCUGGCGCGCUCUGGUCCAUGGGGUCACAAAGAGUCGGACACGACUAAACGACUAAACAACAACAACAUGAAUACAACCACACGACUCGCCUGCAGCUCUUCUCCGAAAGGACCUACCGUCUGGGGCGGCGGGUGCAGAGGGGGACCCCUCCCGAUCCUCGGGCUCAAACUGUCCCGAAAGUUCCCCCCUCUCCAUCUCCAUCAACUUCGGCGAAGAAGAGCGCGAGGAGAGAGGAGGACGCAGGCAGCCCCUUCUCUCCUCCUCCUCCUCCUGGUCCUCUCUCGCCCAGGAUCCUCCUCCUUCUCCCCAUCCUAAACAGCCCCCAACCCUGCUCUGUCCGCCGCCCCCCCCCCGCCCCGUCCGAGCGCAGCAGCGCACCUGGUGGGAGCGGCGUCCGCGCCGUCGGGCUCCGGGCCGGGCUCCCCGGCUGGCCUCCUCCUCCGCCUGCCGCGCGCGGGGUCUCGCCGAGGAGCCUCUGAUGAUGGGCGAGGGGAGGGCGGGGCGAGAGGGGCGCCCUCGGAUUGGGCGCCGGCGGCGGUGACGUGGCGGGUCCCUGCAUAAGGCUCCGGCGUGGAGGCGGCGGCCAACAUGCAGACUAUAGCGAGGCUGGAAGGAGCAGCGGCGGCGACGGCAGCGGCAGCAGCAGCCCGGGAAAGGAGGCAGAGCGAGGCGCGCGCGGGACUGGAGAGCCCGGAGCAGCGGCAAAAGCACAGGCAGCUCCGCCUGCCAGAGGCCUCGUCCCCUCGCCUCCAGCAUCGGCCAGGAAGAGACUCAGGGGAAGAGCUCCUUUAAUUCGAUUUUUAUUAUUCUUAUUUUUUAAGAGGUGGGGGGACCUGCUGGAUGUCCUCAGCAGCCCGGGAACGUCCUCGCCAAGCCAGCCCCGCAUCAAGCGCGUCCCCAUGGACCGGGCCAAAGAGUUUUUGACUCCUGGACUCACUCCGAGCCCAUAGGGGUAAGGGAACUGCUGCUGGUCGCUGUUGAUUGCUUACCUUACCCCCCACCCCCAUCCCACCCCCAAAGGAUUUUAUAUUAUAGAAAAGGGAGGAGGGCGAUUAUCAGCACCGAUCUGGGGGUGUUCUUAAAAUAAAAUUAGGGGGAAAUUGUUUUUGUUUUCAUUUUGUCCCGAGAGAGGGGGGAGAGCUUGCGCUUCCCCCUCCCGCUCGAUUUCCUAAUAUGAGCAUCGUUCUAUUUAUAUAGCAGACAUCAUAUUUCUCUCCUCGCCUUGCCAUCCCUUCCUCUCUGGCUCCUCAAAAUAUCUCCUCUCUCCCUUUUCUUGAGACCCCCCCCCCCAGGCUCCUCGUUUUGAGAUGCCCCGGGCAUUGCAGCCUAUGAUUCCGGACGAUUCUUUUUUUUAAUGUUGGGGAGGGGGCUCUGAUGUGACUUGCACUUUGACCUCUGACUGCUCUACCUCAAACCUGCGAGGACUCCUUUGUUUCCACCUCCACCCCCACCCCCAUGCUCCUUUACCUUCCAGCAUACUGACAGCACCUGAUUUGGCCUCCUCGAUUGCUCUCAUUCGUUAUUAAUAAUAAUAAUAAUAAUUCAGGUUCUUGAAGAAGGCUUUUUUAUCUGGCAACAACCUCAGCCACCAGAAAAAGGCCACGAAGAAGAUUAGCUUCAGUCUCUGGUUCUUGAGCCACCAGCCUGGCCUCCUCCGGACGCUGGAGUUUUUAAUUUUUGGAAGAUUUUUUCAAAGAGAAGAUUUAUUGAUGUUGUUGAUGAUGGUGAUGAUCGUUGGCUUUUGAGUUUGAUGUUCCCGCCGGGACUUCGUUGAGAAGAUCAACUUCUGCAGACAGCUUGCUCCAACGUGAAGGUUUUUCAAAAGCGCCGAGCCUGGGGAGGGUCUUCCCUACACCCACCCACACACCCGGGUGUGUGUUUUGGGGUGCUUGUUUUGGGCAUUGAUUUCUGCCUCUGCUGUGGACAUCUGGGAAGGAAAAGCGUCUCCUGCCUGCCUGCCUGCCUCCUCCAGCCUUGCUUGAAAACUUUUGAUCCUACUCCGCCUCCAGAAAAACACACACACACACAAAACAACUCACGACGACAUACCCAGCGCCACAGCCCCCAACCACCCGCCCGCCCCCCUAACCAAAGACAAUGGUUCACUGUGCCGGUUGCAAAAGACCCAUCCUAGACCGCUUCCUCUUGAACGUUUUGGACCGCGCUUGGCACGUCAAAUGCGUUCAGUGCUGUGAAUGUAAAUGCAACCUGACCGAGAAGUGUUUCUCCAGGGAAGGGAAGCUUUACUGUAAAAACGACUUUUUUAGGUGAGUCCGAAACUUUUGGGGGUUUUUUGGAGGGGGGAAAGGGUGGUCUCUUUUGUCUCACUUUCUGUGUUUACUAUGUGUUUACUAGGGAGUAAGCCCGCUGUGUUCCGUGAGGUUUGCUCCCGGGGGAAUCUGCCCUUGCGCGCUUGGCCCUAGGGAAGCGCGUUUUAGGACUGCGCAAGGGUGUCUGGGGGUCGCAGCUCGCAUGCUUACUUCUAAGGAAGCGUGCAUAGGAUCGCGGCUUGCAUGCUUAUUCCUGGGUGGGUGCAUCUAGGAUCGCAGCUUGCACGCCUACUCCGGCGUGAGUAGGGUCGCAGCUCGUGUGCGUCCUCCUGGGGUUGAGCCCUGUUAAACACAGUGGGACAACGUCCCCCUAAACACGCCGGAGAUUGCCCUGUUCAUCAACUUUGGGUAGCAGGGAGGGGUUAUUCCACUUACCCACCUCCGCAGCAUCGCGUCCAAGUUAAGGUACCAUGCCUGAAACUUUUCUCCCGCUUCUCGCCCGCCCUCAACAUUACAAACCACUUUAUGUGCGUAAGGGAGAGGAGCAGUCAGUACCAGGUUUCGCUUGCCCCCCCCCCCAAAAUAAAACGAUACCUUUCGGGCUUUCCUAUCUGCCCCGGGCCCUCUUUGAAUUGCCAGGGCUAUCUGCCCCCAGGAUACCUGACGGAACUACCCGGUCUCUGAACAUGUACAAAAGUGCUUUUUCCACCACCACAACCAGAGGCAAGCGGACUUAGACUUUCUAAGACCCAUUUUUAAAAAAAUUAUCGCCUGAAUAAAAUAUUUUGGGGAGGGCAGGCUGAUCAGUCCUCAGGGCAAGGAUAUUUCUGUUUCGUGCAGCACAUUAUUAUUAUUAUUAUUAAUUAACUGCAACUAUAAGAAAAUGCGGGAUCCGUUAUGCGUAGAGAGGCUCGUCUGUUUUUCUCCAGCGGGCCUUUGUUCUAGAGUAGCAAGCGAGGACUGAUGGCCGUGUCAGCUGUCAAUCAGUGCCUGGGAAAAGGGAGGGUGACCUUAAAAAAGAAAAUGAUUUUCUCUCUCUCUCUCUUCUCCCUCCCGCCUCCCAGGACAAGGGUGGGGGGGUUGGACUUUCUGCAAAGUUCAAUUCGGGAAAUCUCUCUCUGCGGGCGUUUCUAAUAUGACCCACUUUAACAAGUCACACUUCCCUUCUCUCUCCCCCCCCCUCCGCCCCCAAUCGCCAAAUCUCAUCACCGUAUAUGGCCUUUUUUCUAAAUCAAACAAAGGACAGAAGGGAGAAAGCGGAAUCACUGGAAUUUUAAAAAGUUUUUUUAAGAAAGGAAACUCCUGUAUUUCCCCCCCCCCCAAAAAAAAAUGUUCAGAACCCAGUUCUUCAAAUCUGCCUGGUUUUCAUACCGGAGAUAUAAAAUAACUCAGUCGACGUUAUCACGAUAAGUGAGCGGAAGCCUUACUCUGAGGAGACCCACUGAAUUUAACGAGCAUGGCAAACUUCGGUUCGUUCGUUUCAGUAGGUCUACUAAGAGUACAGUUUGGCUGAAUACAACCCAUGAUGUGCUUAUAUACGUGUGCUUGUGUGUGUGGUCAGAUACAGGUAAAUCUAACAGGAUGAAUGGAUAGAUAGAUAAAUAGAUUAGAUUAGAUUAAACCUCCUAGCAGCACCUUCCUCAAAGGCGGGGAAAGGACUUUUGCAUAUCAUUUUCUGUUUUCCUUUCCUAUUUCGUAACAACGUGCAAGAGGCGGGGUUGGCAUCGGUUUCCUUUCGGCGCCCAUCGAUUCAAUCGCGAGAGGAAGAUCACUGCUAAAGCCACUCUUUUUAUGAUCAAAGAAAAAGGUCCGAGAGUAAAUAUAUAAACAAAGGGUUUGUGCCGAGAGGGGAAGGAUGGAUUGACCUUGAAUUGCCCAGGUUUCUUUCUCAGUGGAAAAAUACGCCACGGUCACAACCCAUCCUGAUACCAUAAAGCGCUUCUUUUGAAAACUGGCCUUCUUUUAGGUGUUUAAAAAGAGCAAAAAAACCCCAAACCCGAUCAAACACGUCCUGCGAAAUUGAAUGAUGCUCCCCGUCUGGCCAAUAUUUCGUCUUGCUAUCUUUCCAAAGAAAGCUUCCUUUUCGCGGCAUUCUUUGUUUCUUAUUAAUCGUAAUUAAAAUGAUAGUAAACAGCAUUUUGGGCAAUUUAAAGAAGGUGGGAGGGAGACCAACUUUAAAAACAAAAAAGCACCAGAGGAAAAUAUGUCUCCUGUUUAUUUUUGCUUUAUAAGAAUUCCGUUGAGGCUCAGAAGGUUAUUAAAAACGAUGCACGCGACAGGAGAAUUUUUAAAUGUGCUCUUAUGCAAUAAAAUGAUAAUCGUGAUAAUAUGCCAUUCUGGCGCAUGGAAGCGGUAUAUAAAUUAACAUAAUAAGAUAUAUAUUUUUAAGUGCGUUAAGUGAAACGAGCUUCGUUCUCCUCUGUAAGCAAACGAUCGAGUAAAUAAUACCUUUUUACGCGUUAAGCUUUCGGGGAGCAUUUUAUCCAAAGGAAGGACUUUGACCCGACAGGCAACAGAAACAGGAUUAUCUGAAGGGCUGGGGAGAAGAUCUUAACACGUGUCCCUUCCAAAAGCUAGGGACUUCUAAAUACUGCGAUCCUAAUUUCACCGACUGGAGAGUAAACGCCAUUGAACUCAGUCGGGCUUUUGAGCAAACACGUUUGUGGUUACAAACUUAGUAAAAACCCGGGAGGUGAACAGCGGAGUCUUUCCUUCUACUCAGAAGUAAGUGCCGUUGAGUUCAAAUCGACUUAUUCCCAGGCAAGUGGAGCAAGGCCUUGUGCAAUGGCACUUACUCCUGAGUAAACGUACGUGAGGUUUCCCCCCUUCAAAUGAUGAAUUUAGGUUGGCUCGCGCCUUUACGCAACCUCCCCCACUUAAUGCAUUCUAGCGAGAUGUUCUCCUCUUAAUUCCCAGUUUAUUUUAUUUGCGAGCUACUUUCGGAGGUUAGCAAAAAUUAAACCGGCAAUGGACUGGGGGGCGGCGGAAGAAACCCGACUUUUGCUUAUGUAGCGUUCUCUUAGGCGUGGGGUCGGCUUACAAAAACACACCUGCACACAAUAAUAAUUAUUAAUAAUAAUAAUUUUAUUGUUUAUACCGCACCAACCUGGCUGGGUUUCCCCAGCCACUCUGUAGAAGUUAUUUUCUCCUGCCGACUUAGAGCACACACGGAGGCUGUGUGUAUUGGGAGAGGUGUUAGAAUUCAUCUAGGAAAUCUCCUUGUCUUUGCAAAUUCCAAACUCCAGACGAGCGAAGGAAGCGGGUUCCUAAUGCGAGGAUUUGCGCCUUGUGCACAAUCCCUCUGCGUGUUUGCUGAGAAUAAGCCGGGUGAUAACUAGAUCUGAAUAAGGAAAUGCGUUUCCGGCUGAGGAAGCGAUUGGUGCCUGCGUGUGCACACGGGCAGGCACGCUCGAGGGUCCCGUCCUCUCUCCGCCACCCGCAGCUGAUCUAAGAAUUCACUUUGCACCCGCGCGGGCGACUUGGAAUCCUUGUUUUCACACGUCUAGGUCCCAGGAACCCCUUGAUCUGUGUUGAUCCCUCCCCGCAGGGGACCCGCUGAAAUGAAUGGACACUGAGGUCCAUUAAGUCCAAUGGGUCUACUCUGAGUAAAGCCACUUGGACGGACACACACUCCUUACCCAUCUACCCGCAAGAGUUAGGGUGGAGAUGGCAAACCUGAGUUUCCAAGACUGGGAAGAGUAUUUGAGGGGAAAGAAGCGGGUUUUUUUUUAACUUCCCAAGGCGGGAGGAGAGGAAAAGUCCAGUCCAUCGGCUGAGAACUUCCUAAGAGGGAGGCCCCGUCCAUCGGCCGCCUUCCUGUGGUUUGAAACGGGCCGACGCCUCGAUUCUGCCGAAGCGGCUCUGCAAAAGGCUGCGCCGAAGUCAGCGCAGUCUAGAGAAAGGGGAAUCCAGAGCACAGGGUUGGAGGGUAGAAAUAAAAGAAUUGGGGGGGGGCUGACUGAGCAAAAAAUGUAUAUGGUUUUAAAUAGUUAGCUGGCGCUCUGGAAACCCUUUCGGGUCUGGAGAGCAGAUGCGCAUAAGUGAGAGGGUGGAUGGAUCAGAGCGCGGUCCGAGGCAUGUUUACUCGGGAGUAAGUUCCUCUGGUUCCUACCGGCCUUGUAAAAAUAAUAAAAAAGGAAAUGUUUAAGAGAAGGGAGGGGAAAUAUGGCUGGCCAAAAAGAACGUGGCACCCAGAAUGAAAAGCGCGGUGGAGACAAAAGAGCUGCGGGAGGAAGCGAGGCGAGGGAGGAAAGAUCUCAGCGCGAAAAGGGAAUAAAAGGAGCGAAGGGAGAGGUGGUGUCCAGAGGGCCAGGGAAGGGCCGUGGCUCCUUGCAGACGAAAGGUCCCCCGGCUGAAACCCGCGGAGAGAAGCUGCCAGCCCGUGUCGGCAAUACGGAGCGCCAGAUCGGGACCCGGCGCCUGAUUUAGUCGGCGACGCUUGCUGUUCUUCGAGCUUGGCGGAGGGGAAAUAGGCUGCGGGGGCGGGAUGAACUAAUGUUAGGAGCCAGGAAGGACAGUUCCUCGUUAAAAGGAUGACCUGCCCCCAUUGUUAAAAUCCACCUGCUCUCUGUGUUGUCCCCUCGCAUCUCGGUUCUUUCACUGCGAGCAAUCGCGCACCCUCCCCACAAAAUAAAACAACCACAAACAAACUAGUCUGUUUCCCCCCCCCCUCAAUACACCACCCCCACCGGUCCCGAGAGGCGACUUCCUCCCUUCCCCAUGGAAAGAUGCCAUCCUGUGCAGGUCUACUCGCAAGUCAGCCUCGAGAGGGGAAAGAGGAUUGUUCCUGGAUCAGUGGGUGCCUAAGGCCCGCUUAGGCUUCGGAGUUUUCAGUUUCUCGGGACUUACUUCCGAGUAGGCACGGGUAGGCUUGUCGGUGUCAAAAGACACGAGGGCGCUUGUCUAAGAGAGCAUAGCUUCUUUCUGCUUUUGGGGCCUCCUUGCUUUUCCAUCAAGUUUCUAGUCCCUCUUGUCCCGCGUUGGCAAUAAAUCGUCUGCCAGCGGCCUCGGCUAGCGGGACGACGAAAGGGCUUCCUGCAUGCAAUCAUUCCCAGCUUCACCAACCCCGUCGCUUUUUCCUUAAUUAUUUUAUGUUAUUUUAUUUUGCACCAGCAACCCUCUCCCGUGGAAGAAAAAUAAAGAAAUCUGAUUUUUAAAUAAUAAUAAUAAUAAUGCAAAAACCAACAACACUCAAACGCUUGGUAAGAUGCCAUGAUCCAAACCAGUAGGUAAAAAUGGGCCCUCUUCCAAUUUUAUGCCCACUAUGUGUGUCCACGGCUCGAAGCACAUGGGAAACCUUAAACCCGCUAACCCAUUCGACGCCUUGAUUUCCAGGCGGCUUUACUCCUAGGUAAACCAGGUCGCUAAAUAGGCAUUCUUGUCUCUGUCUCUGUCUUUCCUUCGUCCCUUUAAUGAAACAAUUCGCAUUUGAUUCCUGUUUCCCUCCGCAAGAAUAAGCAGCAGUCGGCAAACACCGACACGUAUCUUAAACCUCGUGUGCACGCUCGAUGCUAGCACAAGGGAAGCGCAUGUUGGUUGUGGUUGUUUUAAGAACCCGCUGGUUUCAAUUGGAGACGGUGAAGCGUGCCUCGCCUGUGCGGUCCAGAGCAAUGGGGCGGGAGAAAGGUUUCGACUUUGGCUGAAUCGCGAUGCCUGCCUGCGCACUUGGGGACAAGAUGGGGAAUAGACGGGCGACGUUACGAACCCCUCCUCGCUGAACUUCAGGCUUGUGGCUAAGACUAUCUCGGUCCAGCGGACUUUGUAUAGCCCCGUGGGUUUCUCUAUGGGUUGUUUUUACACGGCUCCGAGACGCGAAUAUUUAAGCCGUGGAGAAGAAACCUCUUAGAUGAAUCAAUGCAACAAAUAAAUGAAAUAUUUCUCUCCCCCACCCCAGUUUUCUUUCUCUCUCUGAGAUGCGUUGGGUUGCCUCUAGCGUUUGGCCAUUCUGAGAGCAAACCCCUCGCAGUUGAUGGAGCUAAGUCAGCCGCGUUGCAAUGGGUCUACUUUGAGUAGGACUAAGCUUGGAUACAAUCCACAUGUUUACAAGUGACUGGACUGGCGAUUGUAUAUAGGACAGUGCCUAAAAAUGUAUUUUCGUGAUGUUAUUUGCCACCAGCAACUUAUAGGCACACGUAUAUCCGCAUGCAGACGUAUUCGUGGAUAUUUAGGAUUAACUGCAUACUUCCAGGUUCAGGAAAACUUGUCUGGAGUGUCGUUUGGCGCUUUAAAAAAAUCGGGCAGAUUUGUAGACAGAAACAGAUACAGUACGCAGCACACCAAAUAUAUACUGCAUCUAUAGUUUAGAUGCCUUAUAUGUCACUGCGUAGGAUGAACAGUGUAUAGAAGCUCUCUAGUUGUGGAGAAUUGAGGUGGUGGUGGUGGGUGAUCUUCGUGUCUCCUCGAAAGUAAGCCGCAUGGCAUUGCAUGGCAAUUUUUCCAACGUAAAGCUGCACUCCUGGUGCGCCGGCAGCAUGGAAGGUAAUGACAUCGGGGUGUCGUAUCCCUACUCAAGAGUAGACCCAUUGAAAUUAACGGACUCGCGAUAGCCAUUUCCAAUAAUUUCAGUAGGUAGGUCUACUCUGAGUAGGACUAGCGCUGCUGACAACCCGUACAGUUUGUUUUUCCCCCAAAUCGACGUAGAAGUAGAUGCUUGUGUCCCGGAGUAUUUUAAACUGAUGAAGGCGAUGCAGCCACCCAGAAGCAUUUUUCAGAUGGCAGUCCUAGGCGCACUUAUCUGACUACUUGGGAAGGGGCGGAGGGGAACGACCUUACUUCCGAGUAAACGAGUAGAUGAGAUCGGGGUUUCGGUGUGGGGAGCUGGAAAGCAAGGGCAACGAAUCUUUCAUUGGGUCGAACCUGUUAGGUGUGCCGAGUAGGAAGAUUCUGGAUCGAGAAUAAAGGAAUCUUUAACUGAGAGAGAAAUUAUUUAAGUGUUUUGGAGAGACAGUUAAAAAUCCAGGUGAAAAAUUGUGUGUGUGUGUGUACAUAUGUGUGUGCAAAUCAAAAUACAAAAUAAUAACAUUUUUAAAUUAGUAGUAGACAUUAUUAUUAUUAAUGGUAAUUUGCCCCCUGCAAAACAUGUGAAGAAAUGACCACAAUUGAGGUUUCUCUCACACUUCUAUUUGCAUUUUCCCGAAGGAGCCUAUUUGCAGUCUGGACCUGCCAGGGUUUUUAUUUAGGAAUAAAGCCCUUCUUCAUCAUAGCUAUCCUUUAGGGUAGAGGCAUGAAUCAAAACAAAGACUCAUUAAACCUGCACAAACUUAUCUGGGAGUAUUCAGUGGGGGGUUACUUUUGAGUAGGACGUAAGCUGACCAUCCAGUCAACAAAAGUCCCCUGAGUUGGUCCCCAUUGGUAGAAGAUUGCACUGCACCUGAGCAAGCAGUGUAUGGAGAGAUCCAGCGAUGGAUCCCUUGGGGCCAUUGAUACCUGAGAUCGAUGCUUUCAGGAACAACGCCCCCCCUCCUCACCGCAGUUGUGAUUGUAAUUUUUAAUACUGAAUUUUAAAUUGUUGCAACCGAUACCUGGGACCUGGUGGCGAAGGACGAGUAAUAAAUUGACAUAAUAUCAAUUAAUUCAUUAAUACAGGGUGACCAGAUCAAGAAGAGCAGUCAGAUCUGCGCAGGCCUUUUGGAGGACAGAUUCAAUAUCGAGGCGAAUAAGCUUGCCUAGCUUCUGAGUGCGAGACACACACACACACCUACCUCCUGGGAGCUUACUUGUCCGUACACCUGCACGGAUCAAGCCGUUCAAGGCUGUGUUUUCCAUAGGACCACCCCCAACCCAUAAUAGUUGUACCAGAACAAAAUAGGGUGGGGAGCACAAUAGGGUGAACUAUAUUUCUAGACGGGUGAAUUGCGUUUCUCCCAUCUCUGGGUGUGGGGAAAAUAUAUGUUAAUGACAGGGGACAGAGCCCAGCAAUGGGGAGGGGCAAGUGGGGACGAGCUCAUUGUUUGUGGGGGGGGGCUUGUCCCCCUUGCACUCAGGACAAGCAAAGAACUGGUGAUUCAAACGACCUUACAGUAAUAGAUGAAGCCGCCUUGUAUUAAAUGCAUCUAGCUCAGAAUAAUGGACCGGGCUUCCCUAUGGAUGUCUCUGGCAGAGAGAGAAUCUUACCCCAUCACCUGUUCCCUGAUCCUUUGAAGCAGAAGAUGCUGAAUUGUGGGACCUUUCUGCGUGCAAAGACCUAGGCCAUCCUUUCGGUUAAUCCCAAGCGAGGUUUGGUUUUGGAUGUGUUAUUUUCCACCCACCUAGAGCCUCACGCCAUCCCACUUGGCCAAGGAGAUCUACUGCUUCUUUUUUGGCACGGAGGGAGCCAUGUCGAAAGGCAUCGCACAUCUCCCAAAUUCAGCUUUAAUGCUUAUUAGGGCGUUGUUAAUCAAAAGUGUCAGUCCUCUGGAGAGGAAACUCUGUGGCUUGCCUCUCUCCCAUCUCCCUGCACAAACUCCCUUGUCCUCUUUCCAGGUCAAUUACAGCUGCAGCAAACCUUUUAUUUAUAUUCAUGCUAAUACAUUUUGGCCUACAAAGUCUGGCCGACCUAGCCAUUCGUGUACCUGGGAGCAAGCCGCCCCCUCCGCUGAAUUCACCAGGACUUACUCCUGAGUAAGACAGGGCAGUUAGGGCGGCAGCCUUGCUACCUUUAACCCUACCCAGGAGAAGGAGCCGAUGUCAUGAAAACUGGAAGAGAACAUGCAGCCGAUUCUCUUAUUCUUGGUGUGGAAGGAGCCACAAGGCCAGAGAUGGCAAGCAGACAAUUGGAGAAAGCUUAUAAGAGUGUCCCCUGCCUGUUUCCUCUCCUUCUCCCCUCUCUCUGUGGAAGGCAUGGCUAUCUGUGGUUAGUGGCCAGGAUGGCUGCGUUCUGCCUUCCUUUUAGAGGCAGGAAUGCUUCUGAAUAUCAGUUGCUGAGAAUCGCAGGAUGAGAGUGUGCUGUUGCGCUCAGAAGCCCUGCUUGUGGCCUUUGCAUUUGGGCACCUGGUUAAGCCACUAGGAGAACAGGACCCUCGACUAGAUGGGUCCUUGGCAGGACUCUUGUUUACGUUCUCCAGUUCCCUUCUCUUGCAGCUUAGAGAGAUGGGUGGAAAGAGUGGCAGCGAAGGGUUGGAAUGCAGAGCAUAAGAGCGUCUGAAAGAUCCCAGAAGCCGAGAAUAUUAGCCUUGCGGCUUUGCUUGGGGAAGGGCUGUGGGUCAUGGGUAGAGAACCUGCUUCUCAUGCAGGAGGUCCAAGAUUCAAUCUCCGACAUCUCCCAAGUAAGGCCAGGAGAGACCUCUCGUCUGAAACCCUGGAGAGCCGCUGCCACUUGGGGUAAAUAAUACUGAGCUAGAGGGAGUAAUGGCCUGACUUUAUUGACACAAGGCAGCUUUUUGUGUUCCCAUGUUUAGUUCAUUAAUUUGUAGUUCCUAUGUUUCUUUCAUUGCUCUUCUUUGUAAUCCUGUAUAUGCGGCCAUUUAUUAAUAUUUCUGUAGCUUAGUCUGGUGCGUCAGCAUUAUUAGGUCCUAGUUGUAUGACAGUUAAAAACAACAACAUCUUCAUAUUUCUAAUAAUUUCUACCUGAGUUUGCUUUUUUCCUCCUCCCUCCCCAAUCAGUUUUCCUUUUAUGUUGUGACUUUACAGAUUGUAAACCUCAGGAUGCAGAGAUUGCUCCCUCCCCCCCCUUUUGCCCCUUUUUGUUCAUCUAGGAGCUCCUCUGGGAGCCUCUAGGACUCUCCGGGUUCAAAGAAGCUUGAGAUUCUAGACCCUUUCCCAAGGGACCACUGGAACCACAUAGAAAUUAAUCCAAAUAAUAAAUAAGAGAAGCAAUGUAGAACUUUACAAUCCUCUUGCUUCCGCCCCUGUUUUUUCUGCAAUGUCCACCCAGCAACCCUGUGAGGUAGGCAGUGCUUAAACUUUGAGAAUAAGGUGUUGGGCUUGUAGCCUUGCCUGGAAGCUACACUCUGCACCCCAGAAUCUCAUUAACCCAAAUUCAGAUUUGCUGGGUAUGCAGGCUCCUUGCUGCUUGAACCUGACUUCCUCCCUCCAGGCUCCUCUUAUUAUCCUUAUUAGCAGCUGCUUCUAGCCAGAAAGAGAUGCUCAGCACAGCCUCUGAAGAUUAUUUCCAUUGCUUCUACAGCCAAGUCAUACUACACAAAACAGGAUCCAGGGCAACAUAUCCCCAGCUGUUGAUCACUCUUAUUUCCAUAGAAAUACUUUUAGAACAGCGGCUGAAAUGCCUCAAACCAGCUAGGGAAUCCCUUGGGUGGGAGGUGAAGGUAAACAGGAUUGUAUUGGUACUUUCGUUUUCCCAAGAAGGGCAAGUUUAUGCUGGUUGGCUAAUGCGGGAAGGAGAUGGUGGUGGAGCCUGUUCCACACCAUACAUUCAAAAUGCACAUGACUUCCCUUGAAGCAGGCUUCCUCAACCUUGGCCCUCCAGAUGUUUUUGGCCUACAACUCCCAUGAUCCCUAUCUAGCAGGAUCAGUGGUCAGGGAUGAUGGGAAUUGUAGUCUCAAAACAUCUGGCAGGGCCGAGGUUGCGGAAGCCUGCCUUAAAGGAUCCUGGGAGCUGUAGUUUGUUAAGGGGUGCUAGAAAUUGCAUUUCCAUGAGCGGAAACUACAGAUCACAUUAUUCUUUUCUGGGCGGUACACUACGUGCUUUAAAUAUGUGUUGGGUGUGCUUUAAGUAUAUGUAUUAUUAUUAUUAUUAUUAUUAUUAUUAUUAUUAUUAUUAUGUCUUACCUGCCCUUCUCCCAAAGCUCCCAGGGCAGUUUACAGCAAUUAAAACACAGAAAUAAUAUUUAAAUGCAAUCCUAUGCAAUAUUUAAAGACAACUUACAAUCACAAAAAAUAAGAUGGGUCCUUAAAACAUACAUCUCCGGGGCCCAAAGGCAAGGUAAAGGGGUGAAAUCUCUCCUUACGCCUCAGCGGGGCGUUCCACAACUUAGGUGCUGGGCUGCCACUGCCACCCCAAGCUUCUGAGGGCAAUGGAACAAGCGACAGGGCAUCCUCCACUGAUCUCAGCGCUUGAGAGGGAAAUGUUCCACUUCAGCGUACUUCAUUCCACACUACCCCAAAUAAAUAAAUAAAUAAAUAAAGCGAAUAGAAACAAAAUGUUAGAGUAGAAUACAGUGGUACCUCGGGUUAAGAACCGAAUUCGUUCUGGAGGUCCGUUCUUAACCUGAAACUGUUCUUAACCUGAGGUACCACUUUAGCUAAUGAUGCCUCCCGCUGACACCGCGAUUUCUGUUCUCAUUCUGAAGCAAAGUUCUUAACCCAAGGUACUAUUUCUGGGUUAGCGGAGUCUUUAACCUGAAGCGUCUGUAACCUGAAGCGUAUGUAACCCGAGGUUCUACUGAACCCAGCUUCAGCAUCCUCCAUUCCAUCCCACCUCCUGCCCAGUUUUCCAAUCCCACCCACCCCAAAAAACCACACCACUAAACCCAUAGUCUCUUGGCUGGAUUUUUAGAAAGAGUUCCUUCCAUGGGUUUUUGUUCUUAACGCAAACCUCAGGGUUGCGCUUCAAGGUUGCUGAUGCCUCCCUUUCUCGUGCACGGAUGGCGCCCUUUUGGCAUCAUAAAGGCAUGCUCUGCGCCAGCUGCGCAUCAGGAAUAGAGGGAAUGUUCCUUAUUAAAUAUGUCUGUCCAUGUCACACUUUGGGGUGGGACGUAAAACAAAAAAGGACCAGGCUUCAGCCCGUAGGAACCUGCAGUCCAGAUUUCAACCUUGCAGGGAAAUGAGAAGGAAAGGAAAGGCUAGAGUAAGAAAUCUGGGUUUGCCAAAUUUAAAAUAAUAAUAAUAAUAAUCUGCUUUGCUCUUGUGCUUUCCAGCAGCAACCUGCACAGCAGAUAUUAACAGGUGUUGCUUAUUAUCUUUAGGCCAGGAACAAAAUUCAUCAGCUGGUUUUCCUGCAGAUCAUGUUGUGCUGCUUGGCGCAGGAGCAAAGCAGGCGAGGGUUUUCUGUUUUUGUUUUCCCCCUGGUUCGCUGGGAAGCCUAAUAGGUGGCGUUUGGGCUCUGAGCCAGGGACACUUUGCUACGGGGCUGAAUGGGAAGCUUUUCAGCACUUCUGAGCAGAGAUGCAAAUAAGAGGACAGGCACACAGACUCCGCCUAGGUCCCCUCUGUAAAAUAUCUGUGCUUUUUCAAAAUUUGGGAAGCACAAAGUGUCCUUAUUUUAACCUAGGAUGACAAGAUGCAGAAUGGGAUGAGGAAUUUUCAGUAUUCAGUAAAAGCUCAGCAGCCUCUUUUGGCAUCAAUAGAUAAGCAUCCCCCUGAACUGAGCUUUAUCGUUUUUAAUUGCUUUUAAUUGCUAUGCUUUCGAAUGGCUUGUCUUAGUGUAGUAUUUUAACUGAGGGUGCUUAAAUGCCCCAUUUGAACUGCCAUUGCAUAUUUUAAUGGUGUGUUGGUUUUACAGUUGUAAAGUGCUUGGAAGCCCUGUUGUCCUAUAAGCGGUAUAUACAUUAAUUAUAUAUAAAUUAAUUGUCAUUAGUGGUAGAAGUAUUUGCAGCUCCCACGAUACACACUUUGUGCACAACAUGGGUCUGUUUGUUUCAAACGUUUAUUUCAAAAAUUUACAUCGAAACCCUAAAGCACUUGAUCGAAACAGGACCACACUGAAAGAGUUACAACAUUCUGACAUGAGAACAGCAGCAGUUAAAGAUAUUUGGAACCUCGGGUUAAAAAGCAAUUUGAAUAAUAAUAAUAAUAAUAAUAAUAAUGUGCCCGGGGUCUGUUGAAAAGCCAAUAAAGCAGGAACCUUAAAAAGAGCCUUCUACUAAGUCAAAUCAUUGGGCCAUUUAGCUCAGUGCUGUCAACACUGGCUGGCAGCAGCUCUCCAUGGUUUCAGGCAGGGUCUCUCUCCUACCCUGAUCUGGAGAUGCCAGAGACUGAACCUGGGACCUUCUGCAUGCUAUUAAUAAUAAUAAUAAUAAUAAUAAUAAUAAUAAUAAUUUAUUAUUUGUACCCCACCCAUCUGGCUGGGUUUUCCCCAGCCACUCUGGGCAGCUUCCAACAAAGAUUUAAAAUACAUUAAAAUGUCAGACAUUAAAAACUUCCCUGAACAAGGCUGCCUUCAGAUGUCUUCUGAACGUCAGGUAGUUGUUUAUUUCUUUGACAUCUGGUAGGAGGGUGUUCCACAGGGCGGGCGCCACUACCGAGAAGGCCCUCUGCCUGGUUCCCUGUAGCUUUGCUUCUCGCAGUGAGGGAAUCACCAGAAGGCCACCGGCACUGGACCUCAGUGUCCGGGCAGAACGAUGAGGAUGGAGACACUCCUUCAGGUAUACUGGGCCAAGGCCGUUUAGGGCUUUCAAGGUCAGCACCAACACUUUGAAUUGUGCUCGGAAACGUACUGGGAGCCACUGUAGGUCUUUCAAGACCCAUGUUAUGUGGUCUUGGCAGCGACUCCCAGUCAUAGCUGUCAACGUUUCCCUUUUUUAAAGGGAAGUUCCCUUAUUCCGAAUAGGAUUCCUCGCAAGAAAAGGGAAAAGUUGACAGCUAUGCUCCCAGUCACCAGUCUAGCUGUCGCAAAGCCUUGAUAAACUAGGAUUAGGGCCUAGGCCACACCAGUCCUGGGACCCAAAGGAGCAAUUUGCUUUGUCAUUCAUCUUGUUAUUCAUCCAGGUUACCACAGAGCCUUAGAAGGUGGACUGUCCAGCCUAUCUGAACCUCUUUUCUUCAGUUAUUUUUCAUAAUUUCAGUUGCCUUUUCUUUCUAAUGCAGUGCUUCAGGACGGAUAGCAGCUUAGCUGGGAAAACAUAUCCCUGCAAGGAGAGGCAAUGAUGGGGUCAGGGGAAAAGCAUCUCCUGUUGAAUUUUUGUCUGUUGAGUAGCUAUUAAGUACAUAGGAGCUGGGGAGCGGGAGCAGCUGGUUAUAUUAGCCACUACAAUGUCCUCUUUCUCCACCGGAGACCGUUGUUCCAUUCCCACCAAAACAGUCUUGAAAUAACUCUCAAAAAAACUUCAAAAUACCUCCAUCCUUUUUAAGGAGUGUACAGUUGUUCGGAAAUAUAGCUUAGAUGUGGGGCCUGCAACAAAGUGCUGCAGUAUAGAGUAUUCCUGUUCAGGGUUCUAGCCAGCUUUAAGAUCAUAAGGAUUUGGCCAAUGGCCCAUCUGGUCCAGCAUCCCUCAGUGGACGACCAAAUGCAGGACCUAAGUUCAACAACAGCUCUCCCCACUUGAAGCCCCCAGGAACUGGCGUUCAGAGGUAUUUCCUGUCUUUGAAAGUGGGGGGGGGGGGAAUGCCACCAUUGUGGCUAGGCCCCAUUGCAGACCCUCCAAGUGUCCCUAUUUUCCAGGGACGUCCCUGAUUUAGAAAAGCCAUCCCGUUCAGCCCAGACGCUGAGGUCCAAUGCCGAGGGCCUUCUGGUGGUUCCCUCACUGCGAGAAGUGAAGUUACAGGGAACCAGGCAGAGGGCCUUCUCGGUAGUGGCACCUGCCCUCUGGAACGCCCUCCCAUCAGAUAUAAGGAAAUAAACAACUAUAUGACAUUUAGAAGACAUCUGAAGGCAGCCCUGUUUAGGGAAGGUUUUAAUGUUUGAUGUUUCAAUGUAUUUUUAAUCUUUUGUUGGAAGCUGCCCAGAGUGGGCUGGGCAUAAAUAAAUUACUAUUAUUAUUAUUAUUAUUAUUAUUAUUAUUAUAUCCCAGAAUGUCCCCCUUUUCCGUAGGAUAGGGUUGCCAUAUUUCAAAAAGUAAAAACGAGGACACCCUGAAAGUUGUUGAGCCAUGUGAUUUUUCAAUUUAUUUGCCUAAGAUUCAGGACAAAAUGCUGCCUUUCAGAAAUUCCCCCAGGAUGUCAAUUGAAAUCCUGGUAAUGUCCGGGAAAAUCUAGAUGUAUGGCAGCCCAACUUUAGGAUGUUUCUAUUUUCAUUGGAGAAAUGUUGGAGUUAUCCGCCCCAUGACCCGUCUGAAGGCAACCCUGUAUACGAAAGUUUUAAAAACCUUGAAUGUUUUAUUAUGUUUUUAUAUCUGUUGGAAGCUGCCAAAGUUGCUGGGGCAACCCAGUAAGAUGUGUGGGGUAUAAAUUGUAAAAUCGUCAUUGUGGAAUGGGACGUCCCCAUUUUCAUCAGAGAAAUGUUGGAGGGUGUGCCAUUGAUGAAUUCCCCCUGUCCUCUUUUGAAACCAUCCAAGAUGGCAGCUAUCACUAUCUCUUGUGGGAACGAAUUAUUUCGUUUUUACUUUCUGCUCUGUCGUUAUUCUUUUUUUAAAAAAGCAAAACCAAGCUGACUCGGGAAAUGCCCUGAGAACUGGGAGCGGGGGUCUUUCAUUUUGACGGACAGGGGUGGGUUUUCGUCACAGUGGGUUUUCUUCCCUGGGCAUUCCAGUCCCCAUGAUUUAGAGGGAGUGGGGAAAAGCUGUGCUUGUUUUUCCUGUGAAUUUAUGCUCCUUUACCCAAUGCAAAUCAAUGAAAGGGAAUCUUUCUUUUGCAAAGAGAAGAUGCUUUGUCUCCAGAAGUCAGCCAGGCAAGCGGGGGGGGGGGGGAGCAGCAAAUAAAUAAAAAUACUUAACUGAAAGUAGAAAUUGUGGAAAAUUUUGACAUUUUUUCUGAGCAUUUGGGUUCAAAAGAAAGUAAUUUAAAACAAAAGUUGUUGAGAUAUUUCAUUCCAAAUCUGCUAGACAGAGACACAGGAUGACGACAGGUGGGUGUCCUGCCCCAAACUAAAUCCUGGCUUUGCCUGUCCAGAAGGGCCCCCUCUACCAAUGGUCCUUGCACUAGAACAGUGGUGGCCAAACUUGGCCCUCCAGCUGUUUUGGGACUACAACUCCCAUCAUCCCUAGCUAACAGGACCAAGGAUGAUGGGAAUUGUAGUCCCAAAACAGCAGGAGGGCCAAGUUUGGCCACCACUGCACUAGAAGGCCCUUUCUGGGAGGGCGGCAUGGUCAGCCCUCAGUAUCUGUUUUCUGCUGCCUGCCAUUCUGCCUCUUGGUAGAGCCGGUCCCGAUUUUUCCCCUCAUCCAGCUUCCCUAUUCUGGUUUCAGCCUUGUUCUGGUUUCUUUUCUGAUCCAUUUCAUUACCUCUGGCCUGUUUCCCUCCUUCUCUCUCUCCCUCCCUUGCUUUGAUCCAGGUGUUUUGGGACCAAGUGUGCUGGCUGCUCCCAGGGCAUCUCUCCCAGCGACCUGGUCAGGAGGGCCAGGAGCAAAGUCUUUCACCUGAGCUGUUUCACCUGCAUGAUGUGUAACAAACAGCUCUCCACCGGCGAGGAGCUUUAUAUCAUCGAUGAGAACAAGUUUGUCUGCAAAGAAGAUUACCUGAGCAACAGCAGCACUGCCAAAGAGAACAGCUUGCACUCAGGUGAGGAGCGGUGCUGAACUUCUGCUGGGGUGGGGCAAUCCAAAUGCAACUGUUCAGACCAUUGAGAUGCCUGGUUGUCAGGGCUGUAUACAACCAGUUACAUCACGUGACUUCCCCCAAAGAAUCCUGGGAUUUGUGGUUUGUUAAGGAUGCUCGGAAUUGCAGCUUUGCAGAGGGUUAAACUACCGUAGUUCCUAGGAUCUGGUGGGGUGGGGAGCCAUGUGAUGUCUGUAAAUCUCACAGGAAGGCCUUAGCCAUUCCUAGCCAUUACUGAGGAGCUAUUCUGCUGGAAGGGAUGCGGGUGGCGCUGUGGGUUAAACCACAGAGCCUAGGACUUGCCAAUCAGAAGGUCGGCGGUUCGAAUCCCUGUGAUGGGAUGAGCUCCCGUUGCUCGGUCCCAGCUCCUGCCCACCUAGCAGUCCGAAAGCAGGUCAAAAUGCAAGUAGAUAAAUAGGUACCGCACCAGCGGGAAGGUAAACGGCGUUUCCAUGCGCUGCUCUGGUUCGCCAGAAGUGGCUUAGUCAUGCUGGCCACAUGACCUGGAAGCUGUACGCCGGCUCCCUCGGCCAAUAAAGUGAGAUGAGUGCCGCAACCCCAGAGUCGGUCACGACUGGACCUAAUGGUCAGGGGUCCCUUUACCUUUACCUAUUCUGCUGGAACCACUCAGUCUGUAGAGCAGGAGACUGUUCAUCUCAGGGUUGUGGGUUCGAGUGCCACGUUGGAUCCCUGCAUUGCAGGGGGCUGGAUUAAAUAACUCUCAUACUGAAAAAGUUUGCUGACCCCUGGCUUAGAAACUCCGUGUUGGCUUUUUAAAAAAGAUUUCGCAAGGAAAGCUCAGCAACUUUGAUCGAAACAACUCUUUUGUGUCCGGAUUUUGACUUUUUGAAAUACGGCAGCCUUGCUCAUGGCCCCUUCCAACUCUGGAGUUCUGUGAUUCUGUGAGGAAGGCCCAUUAAAUUCAAUGGGAUAUACUCUCAGGCAGGGGUGCCAAUUUAAUAAAAUAUGGGAGGUGGGGAGAGAGAGCAGGUAAACCCUGACACAUACUCACCAUUUGAAUAGUAAUGCUCAUCAACUUGGGGGGGGGGCUCCUCAAAUAUUUUAUUGGCACGAAUGGACCUCAGCCCCUAGGCCUAUGCACCCAGGUAAAUGGGAUUAAGCUUGCAACAUUAGAAUCUGUACCUUCGCUCUCGUGAACUCUAUAAUACUUUAAAACGGAAUUGGAUCACUCCACCAAGGGGGAGUGGCCUAUCAACACCUAUCAGCCAUGAUAACUGGGGAAGGGAAGUAGCUCUGUGCUUAGAGCAUCCGCUUUGCAUGCACAAGGUACCCGGUUCAAUUCCUGGCAUCUCCAGAACUGGGAAUGUCUCCCGGAUGAAAGUCUGGAGAGCCACUGCUGGUCCUGAGCAAGAUGGACCAGUGGUCUGACUCUGCAUCAGGAAAAUUUCCUAUGAUGUUAACAAAACAGAGCUUCUGGAUUCCGAUAUAGUGUAACUCAAGGUAGCCCCGAUCAGCAUGCCUAAUGCGCAAGGACAAUGGGAGCUGGCGUCCAGCAACACCUGGAGAUCACCACAUUGACCACCUCUUCCUCAGAAUAUCUGCCACUAAUAUUCAUAAUGGUGGGCUAAUAAUAAUAAUAAUAAUAAUUUCUUAUUUAUAUCCCGCCCAUCUGGCUGGGCUUCCCCAGCCACUCUGGGCAGCUUCCAACAAAAUAUUAAAAUACCGUAAUACAUCAAACAUUAAAAGCUUCCCUAAACAGAGAUGCCUUCAGAUGUCUUCUAAAAGUCUGGUAGUUGUUGUUCUCUUUGACAUCUGGUGGGAGGGCGUUCCACAGGGAGGGCGCCACUACCAAGAAGGCCCUCUGCCUGGUUCCCUGUAACUUGGCCUUCAUGCCAGCCUAUGGGGUUUUUUUUAUGGAGGCAUGGGUUUGGAAGAAGGGUGUUGGCUUACAACCAGCAGGGCUCAUUUGAUGUAUUUUAAUUAAUUGAUAGGAGCAAUUAAUUUGCUCCCCCCUUUUUUCUUUCUUUCUGAUGCAUUCAAAGUUUUCACAGCUACAGAAAAUCAGAAGGUGACUGUUCUGUCAUUUGGCGAAGGGGGCUGAGAGAAGAUUAUAAACUUGAUUGGAGAUGGAAAUCAAAGUAUCCACCCCCAGGGGGGGAAUUACGGAAUCACAGGCCAAUAUUUGGAGUAUUUUUAAAAUAGCAUUGGAUUGUACCCAACCCAAGUCUUAUUCAGAGAAGACCCAUUUCAGAUAUUUUUGAAUCAUUAUGAGUUUGUAUUGAAUUGUAUGGAUGGUUUGAUGAAUUGGUUUCAUUCUCUCUCUCUUUGCCUUGUUAUAUAUCUUGGUUUUGACGUGCUUAGAGUGAUUGCAAUGUUUUGCUGAUGGUUAAUGCUAUGGAUACUACUGUCGCUGGAAAAGCGGAAUGCAAAUCUGAAAUCAAAUUUAAGUCAACGGACCCAAGUUAGCCAUGUUUUUGUUUUGUUUUUCAACGGGUCUUCUCUGAGCAGGACUAGGAAUGGAGACAACCAAUAGUUUUAUUUUUAUAGUAUAUUAUAAUCACAUUAUUGAUUGCCUGCCCUUCACACACACACACACACACACACACACACACACACACCCCAAGGUCUCAGGGCAGGUUAUAGCAAUGUUAUAAACAAUUUAAAACAACAAGCAGACAUAAAAAAUAAGGCUUCUAAGUGGUGUACAAAAUAUAAAAACCGAUUGCACAAUGUUAUUCAAAUACUGGUGAAAUGGAGCCAAUUCCUUUUCAUUCUCUGUGUUUGUGUGCUGAAGAAACUGGAGGGUCUGAGAAGAUCAGAUCAGAACAUGGUCUGCUAAGAUGGUUUGCAAUCCACACUUAGCUGCAAACUGCUAGGAGGAGCACCCCUAGGUGUCUAUGGGUCUUUUCCUUUCUUACAUCCCUUUUGGGAAGAGGACCAGUGAAUUGGAACUACUGGAGAUCCAUUUUAAGAGCCCAGGAAGAUCAGAGAGAAACACAUCUUCAGAGAGAGUGAGUGAUAGACAGGCACAUACUUUGUAGGAAACAGCUUCUUCUUUUUUGAGGUGGUGGGUGAAGAAAUUCACAGUCCCAAGGAAAUGUUUGGCCUGGCGGACUUGUUGGGGAGAUGUGUGUGUGUGUCGGUUUCACACCCGUGUGUUACUGGCACACAUGUGCAAAGUGUGGAGGUUUGUUGAAAGGAGAGGAAGACUGAGAAAGUAACAACACUUGUUGCAAUUUUCGCUCCACCACGAGGAAUAGUUAACACAAUGCUCCCCCUCCGCAAAACACACACACUUAAGGACAAAAUAUGGGGAGGAGGAAAGUGUUUUCCCUGUCUGAAACCUGGGGCUCAGUCCAGCUCACAAGUAGCUCACCACCAGAUCCCAUUGAUUCAUUGCAAACAAAUACUUAAUGGUGCCACCUUUUGUGGGUCUAUGUAGAAGUACCUAAGUCUCACUGAGUUCUAUGGGGCUAUUUUUACUCUCAGGUAAAAUCAUUAGGCGGCCAUCCUAGGCAUGGACACUCAGAAAUCUCUGGCUUAUUUGUGGGGCAUAGGAAUUCAUUCAUUCCCCCCCCCCAAAAAAAAAUAUAGUCUGGCCCCACACAAGGUCUGAGGGACAGUGGACUGCCCCCCUGCUGAAAAAGUUCCCUGACCCCUGGUUUAGCCAAAGGACUAUCUAUCCCAGCAUCCUGUUCUCACAGCAGCCAACCAGCUUCCCGUAUGGAAACCCUGCAAGCAGAAUAUGAGUACAAUAGCCCCCUCUGGCUCAUGGUGAUUCCCAGCAACCGGAAUUCAGAGACAGAUCGUGGCCAAUAGUUACUGAUAGUCUCGUCCUCCAUCAAUUUGGCUAAUCUGAGAUCAUCCAGAUGUUUUCAAUCUGUUUUUUAAAAAACCGUAGGUUGCUUUUCACCCUGUUAAGUCUCAAAGUGUCUUAUAACAGUAUAAAAUACACAAAAAUUAUAAUUAAGCAUCCAAGAUUCAAAACCUCAAGAAUUUAAAAUAUCUAUUGACGGAUCUAGCUGUCUGUAAUCUAUAAUACAUAACGCAGCUCGGUUGAUUAGGGUGUGGUGUCGAUAAUGCCAAAGUCGCAGGUUUGAUCCACCUUCUUGUGGGAGGGAGUUCCACAGGGCUGGACCUGCAACACAGUUCCCCAUCAUUCCCUGACCAUUGGCCAUGCUGGCUGAGGCUGGUGAAAGCUGAAGCUCCAUGGCAUCUGAGGACAGCGGCUUCCCCAACUGUGCCUUCCCUUCCUUUAAACCCAAACCAUACUUUAUUGUUGUGUGUUCGCACACACAUCUCACUCCAAAAAUCUACUCGGUACUUAUUUUGUUGCUAUUAAAUAAGUUUGUGGGUUGUUGUUUUUUUUAAGUGACUUUUUAAUACAGGUUUGGGGAGAGCCUGUUGGGGUUCAUUGCCCCAAAUUCUAAUAUUUUGGAAUAUUUUUCCUAAGUAACAAUGUUUAGGAUUGCAGCCCAAGUCAAUGUGCUUAGAUGCAAAUUGCUUCAGGUCUCAGUUCUAAACUCUUAAGUUCCAGGGAUGUACAAGUAGUAGGAAUAUGUAUUUUGGACAGAUAAUGAUGUUUCUCUCAAAUCCUGUUUGGGGGUUUCCUUCAGGCAUUUGAGGAGGAUAAGGUUAUCUAGCCGAAAUGGCUAUGUUCUGUCUUCACUGUCAGUUGCUAGGAAUCACAAGGCCCUAUUCAACCAACCCUUUCCUCUCUAGGGCAAUCCAAUAAGUGUAUGGGAUGCCAAAAUGUCUGGAAAUCAAGGAGGCUGACUUGACAAAUAAAUGUCUCUUUGAUGAGGAGAUAAGCUGUAGAACCAAUUCGCACAUACAUGGUUUUCACUUUGCAAUCUGCAUGUGCGAAUGAGCCAACCUGGGUCAAGUGUCAGAUUUUUCUUUUUUGGCAUUCCACAUGGUCUGUGGACACAUCCAGCUACUGAAAUGCGGAGGAGGAAAUAGGUUUGACUUACUUCCCUCCAGGAUGAUAGCACCAACCAAGAUAUGGGGCUGGAUUUUCCUUAGGACCAGGGCAGCUCAAUUUCCUCUCCCUGAUCAGUACAAUUAUUAUUUAAUUUUUUUAAAAAAACACAAAAACAACAACAUUGCUUAAAGAGGCAUUUGUUUAAUCUCAUGUCCAGCUUGGCCCACAGGAAGUCAGUGGGAAGUACAUUAAGUGUAUCUACAACUGAUGCUUUCUAUAGUUGGCCAGCUGCAAUGGACUGUCAUUCAAGUUUCCAGUGGACUGUGAAUUGGCUGUAACUUUAAGAAGAGCAGAUUUCAAUAACUUGUGCCUGGCUUGUUUUUUCCUCCUCCCUCCUUGUUCCUUUUUCCUCAUACGCCAGCUUUUUAGAUUGUGAGCCCAUCUUAGUACUGGUUUUUGUAAGCUGCUCUGAGGGCCUUCAUGGCUGGAGGGUGGACUAUAAACGCAACAUUAUUUGUUUGUUUGUUUGUUCUAUUGCCUCCCACCUCUGCGUCUCAAGGCAAUACACGCAAUGUAAUAGAAACUGCUAAAAAGCCUUUGGAAACAGCACAGAAAGUAUCUGGCAAAUGAAUGGGAAAAUAAUAAAAUAUGGCAUAAAGCAAUUCAUCCUGCUGGGGGAGCUUGUCAUAAUUUGUAUCACUAUGCAUACAUCUAAAGAAACAAACAAGUGGGACAUUUUUUCAUUUUCUCCCACAUUAUUAGAACCUGGGGUCCUGCAAUUAAUCUGCUUAGCCAGAGACUCAGGACGAGCAAAAGGAAGACUUCCUUUGUCCAGUGCAUCAUUUACCUGUGGAACUCACUGACACAAGAUGCACUGGUGACUGCCUCUGCCUUAAAUAAUUUAAAGGCUGGGGGGGCAAAUUCACAGUGUGGGGAAGUGUUUUAAGGUGUGGGGGGAGGGGUCAUGGCAUCCAGGACAUAUUGAGCAACACCUGCAUUUAUGGUGCUUUCUUAAAGGUAAAGGUAAAGGGACCCCUGACCGCUAAGUCCAGGACAACUCUGGGGUUGUGGCGCUCAUCUCGCUUUACUGGCCGAGAGAGCCGGCAUUCAGCUUCCGGGUCAUGUGGCCAGCAUGACUAAGCCGCUUCUAGCAAACCAGAGCAGCGCACGGAAGCCGUUUAGCUUCCUGCCAGAGUGAUACCUAUUUAUCUACUUGCACUUUGACGUGCUUUCGAACUGCUAGAUUGGCAGGAGCAGGGACCGAGCAACGGGAGCUCACCCCGUCGCGGGGAUUCAAACCGCCGACCUUCUGAUCGGCAAGUCCUAGGCUCUGUGGUUUAGACCACAGCGCCACCCGCAUCCCUUGGUGCCUUCUUUCACGUUGCUUAUUUAGCAAGCAAACCAUCCUAUAUGAUCAGCUCCCCUAUUCAAUUAUGAUUGAGAUGAGAUGCUUGCAGUUGGAUGCGCAUCUGAGAAAAGGCGGACAUCUAAGGACAUGUGUCUUUGUGCGUGUGCUUCUCCCUAACACUGCAGCCACCACCGGCAGCGACCCCAGCCUCUCCCCGGACUCCCAAGACCCCUGCCAAGACGAUGCCAAGGACUCGGAGAGCGCCAACGUGUCGGACAAGGAGGUGGGCAGCAACGAGAACGACGACCAAAACCUGGGGGCCAAGCGGAGAGGGCCCCGCACCACCAUCAAGGCCAAGCAACUGGAGACCCUCAAAGCGGCUUUUGCUGCCACCCCUAAGCCCACCCGGCAUAUCCGCGAACAGCUGGCGCAGGAGACCGGCCUCAACAUGAGAGUCAUCCAGGUACAGCUGUUUGAUGGGUGUGACAAGGCACAACGGAGGAAAAUCCUAGCGUGGGGCAGUGGGAAGGGGAUGGGUGUCCCGGGACGGUGGAGGCCAGGGAUGCAGAAUGAGGCCUUCAAGGCCUUCCCAGCUGGCCCUCAGGACUCCAUCUUCUCCUGGGCUAUAAUAGCCUGGUGAGAUGUGAACUGGGAUAACCUUUCUUCAUUGCCUCAGAGGUGUGUGUGUGUGAGAGAGAGAGAGAGAGAGGGGAAAAAAACUUUUGACACUGGUUGGAAUAUUGCUUGGUUUUGCUCCACCUGCCUUUGGCCUCACCCAUCAUUGACUUCUGGCUCCCAGGAGGCUGGGAACCAGGAAAUGUGUCCCACAGGAUCACAGAAACAAAGAACUGUAGAGUUGUAAGGGACUUCGAGAGUCAUGGAAUCCCUCACAAUGCAGGAAUCCUUAGCACAAACACACCUUAUUCUUAUUCUUUGGUGAUCAAAGAAUGUCUUCCAUGAACACUUAACAGUGAGUCCAUAAGUGACUGUGGAGGCCAAUUCUGGAUCCACAUGUCCUUCCACAGUGGGGACAUCGGUUUCCAGGCGGAAGUUGAUCACAGUGAGGGUUUGCCAAGCCUGCCUUCCUCUUAGCUUGUUUCUUCUUUUUGCCCUGAGUUCCUGCUUCUUCAAAGCCCACGACACCUUUCUCCAAUUGGAGCGCUCGCAGGCCAGUGUUUCCCAGUUGUCGAUGUUUAUACUACAUUUUUUUAGAUUUGCCUUGAGAUUUGUUCUAGGGUGUCCUGAUGGAUUUAUGAGCUGGUAGGUUAUAAGUAUCGUAAUAGAUCAAUACAGUAAAUAAAGGCAUCCAAGUUUGGGGGCCAUUACUACACAGGGGGCGAGCCACAGAGUGGCUGGGGAAACCCAGCCAGAUGGGUGGGGUAUAAAUAUUAUUAUUAGCAGUAGUAGUAGUAGUACAUAAUUUCAGACAGGGUGUUAGGUUUCCCCUGCUAAAAAAAGAGAGGCAAUAUUUCAUUCCACACCAUUUUUCUAAAUCCACAGCAGAAUGGCUCUGUGCACCCUUGAUUUCACAUGGCUAAUUUAUAGCUCAUCACACCACUGUUAAAACAUCUGCCCUGGCUCCCCAUCUACUUCCAAGCCAGUUCAAGAGCCUUGUAUUAAUGAACAAAGCCCUGAACAGCUUAGGUCUGGGGCACCUUUGGGGACCUCCUGAACUCUUAUAUCCCAGCUGGAUCACUGGGAUCGUCUUGAGUUGGCGAGGCUCAUUUGACAAGAAACCGAGCUUUCAGAGUCACCAGCCCAAUAUUGUGGAAUACUCUGACCAUAGAGAUUCAGCGGAUGCCAACUUUUAACUUUUUCAUUCCGCCAGCCAUAUGCAGGCAAUUAAGAAUGCAUCUUUCUGUUUUAUUCAUUGGUUGUCCCUGAUUUUGGUUUCUUGGAUGUGUUUUUAAUAUUAAAAAUAUAGAUAUUAUUGAUUAUAACUAGGAGGCAGCAGAAGGAGCGCAUACUGAACAGCAGCAUCACAAGUAGAGAGGUCUUGGUACUUUUAAAAGCAACUUUUUCUUCAGACAAAGGUUGUGGGGUGGUGAGAAGCAAUGAGUGCCCCCGAAUAAACUGGUGCUCUGGAAAUCUUGUUUCAGCAUCAGUAUGCGUUCAUAAUUUCAAAGAUUAUAACUAAUAAGAUAUUGUAAAUAAUAAAUGCUUAUAAAUCAAGGCAGUCCAACUUUUCAUGUUGGACUGCAAGAGUACUUUGACAUGCGGGGGGGGGGGGGGGCAAGGCCAAAAUUUGACACACACACAUACACACACACCAGCCUUGGGAAGGAGGCGUGAGGCUCUGUCAGGGUCCUAGAGCCCUCCUAUCUCCUUCCUCAAGCUGGGAAAGUACUAACUCCGCUUUAAGAAGGGGGACUCUAGGAUCCUGUCAGAGCCCUCACACCUCCUUCUGCCUCCUUCCUAAAGUCCAGCACCUCACUUACCUAUACCCCGCCCAUCUGGCUGGGCGGCUCCCAACAGAAUAUUAAAAACAAGAUAAAACAUCAAUCAUUAAAAACUUCCCUAAACAGAGCUGCCUUCAGAUGUCUUCUAAACGUCAGGUAGUUGUUUAUUUCUUUGAUUUCUGAUGGGAGGGUGUUCCACAAGGUGGGAACCACUACCAAGAAGGCCCUCUGCCUGGUUCCCUGUAACCUCACAGUGAGGGAACCGCCAGAAGACCCUCAGAGCUGGACCUCAGCGUCCGGGCUGAACAAUGGGGGUAGAUACGCUCCUUCAGGUAUACUGGGCCGAGGCCAUUUAGGGCAGGCAUGGCCAAACUUGGCCCUCCAGAUGUUUUUGGACUACAACUCCCAUCAUGCCUAGCUAACAGGACCAGUGGUCAGGGACAAAGGGAAUUGUAGUCCCAAAACAGCUGGAGGGCCAAGUUUGGCCAUGCCUGGUUUAGGGCUUUAAAGAUCUUUAUUAUCACUCCACUUCCGUUUUCUGGAGCAAAAGAUGAGCACCAGUGCCAUUGUGGUGUGAAAUAAUUGGGUUCAUUUCACUCUCUAGAUGGGGUUAGUGUAAUAGACAAUACUGAGCUGGCUGGAUCCACUGCCUUAUCUGGUAUCAGGUGGGAAUGGGAGCACUGACCUGUAUUGGGUCCCAAUUGAGAGUCAGGAAGCAGCAGAGCCUCUGGCUUUCAUAUCUUUACCUGUGAAUGCCUGAUAAGUCACUGCUUGCUAUAGUACUGAGUUAAGGAGUUGUCCACCCCUCAGUCACCUCAUGUAAUUGUAAAUUCAGCUGAUGACUUCAGAGGCUUCCUCUCAGCACCUGUCAACUGAUUGAUGCUGAGAGGAGCUCCUUUGCUCACUCUCAGUGCUAAGCAGUUGAUUGAUACCCAUAGCACACCAGCCCCAUUAGCAGCACUGUGCAGCCAAACCCAGUCAUGCCUUUUCAGCCUUGCAGCUGAUGUCACAUACAAAAUCUGGUGUGGGGCAGAUGGGUGUGGCUGGUGGUGGUGGGAAACAACUUUGAGGUUGCUAUAGUAACUAGGGGAGGGGGUGGGUGGAAGGACCAGGGAGGUGUCAGAAGAAUGACAGAGAGAGAGAAGCUUUCGCGACUACCUCGCCUUUGGGAGCUUCCAAGAAUAUAAGGCGGUUGAAGUGAAGUAGAUGUGGAGCUGAUCAGCCCCUCGGGUGAGGCUUCUGAGCUUACUCUAGAGGAGAAGCAAAAUCGAGGGGAGCUAAAUAGAUAACCUGUCUACCUUGCAGCAGGUAAGGCAAUAAUGCAUAAGCUAGUUUCACAGGUGUCAUUCUCCAUGCCCUUUCCUCAAAGGCCAAGCCAGCACUGAAUGGACAAGAUCAGGCUUCCUCAACCUCGGCCCUCCAGAUGUUUUUGGCCUACAGCACCCAUGAUCCCUAGCUAGCAGGACCAGUGGUCCGGAAUAAUAAUAAUGAUAAUGAUAAUUUUUUAUUUAUAUCCCGCCCUCCCCGGCCAAAGCCAGGCUCAGAGCGGCUAACAAGAAGUAAAAAUGGGAAUUGUAGUCUCAAAACAUGUGGAGGGCCAAGGUUGAGGAAGCCUGGACAAGAUGAUGUCCUCCUGCUGGAAUUAAUAAACUGAUUCAGUCUCAGAACAACUUCACUCCUUUCUAGUGAAGAAAUGCCUAUUCAGUGGUACCUCUGGUUGCGAACGGGAUCCAUUCCGGAGCCCCAUUCGCAACAUGAGCAGAACACAGCCCACGUCUGCGCGUGUGCAGGUCGCGAUUCGCCACUUCUGCGCAUGCACGUGACGUCAUUUUGCACAUCUGCGCAUGCGCGAGCAGCAAAACCUGGAAGUAACCCUUUCCGGUACUUCCGGGUCGCCACGGAACGCAACCUGAAAAUGCGCAACCUGAAGCAAACAUAACAAGAGGUAUGACUGUAAUGUCUUUUCUGAAAACACAGUUAUUCUAUUAACAUCAGCUUGGCCAGCGUUCACAGGGAGAUCUGUUUUUGGGGAAGGGUGACGACGCAGUGCUCUCUUGGGUAUCCUAGGCCUCUUCUUAUCCCUGGAGGCACUGCUGCUUUUAAUUUGUUUCUUUGUUUCCUGCAUUUAUUGCUUUAUAUCCUACCAUUAUCUCCAAGGAGCUCAAGAUGGUCUUAUAUAGUUCUCCCCCUCAUUUAAUCCCCACAACAACCCAGUGAGGUAGGCUAGACUGAGUGGCAGUGACUGGCCCAAAGUCACCCAGUGAGCUUCAUGGCUGAGUGGGGAUUUGAAUCCUGGUUUCCCAAGUCUGCUGCUCUAACCACUACACCACACUGCCUCUCACAUUAAAUGGAAGGCUACACCUACUGAAUUCAUACCUCUCUCUGUGUGUAUAUUAUUGUUACUUAUUUUACACAGGAGCCCUGCCUGAAAUGAAAAAUUGGCAAUCUUAGGUGUGAUUGAACAUGAAAGAAUGCAAGUUAAUAAUAAUAAUAAAUUUUUAUUUAUAUCCCACCCUCCCCAGCUGAAGCCGGGCUCAGGGCGGCUAACAACAAUAAAAUAAUAUAUUAUUAUUAUUAUUAUUAUUAUUAUUAUUAUUAUUAUUAUUUAUUCUAUAGUUAUUAAUAUUAUUUAGAUUUCUUAUCUAUCGUUUACUGUACGAUCCCAGGGCAGGUUACAACAAUAUAAACAUGUGAUAGUAAAAUCAGUUAAAAUAUAAACUCUCUUGGUGCAUGUGAGAGUGCUGUGGUGUGGGUGUGGGUGUGGGUGUGUGUGUAAAACACAACAUAAUGUGUACAUGUGUUUUUUAUGAAAACAAUGUGGGCACAAUCUGAUUGCUUGUGCUUUGACCCCUGCUGAAAUAAAUAGGGUUAGAAUGCAUUUGGCUGAAUUCCCUGAAUACAUUUAUUUUUUAAGAAAUGCAUGCCAGUAAAAUGAACAUGGGUGACUGCAACAAAAUGUUGCAUCCUGGAGUGCUCCUGCUCACUAUCCCAGUCACUGCCGUUUCAUUCCCAUCCACAACCAUUUCUCAGUCUCCCAACAAAAGUCAAUCAGCACUCCGCAGCCACUGAGCAUGCUCAGUCUUCACUGGGGCUGUCUUGGCGUGUCCCCCAAUUUUAAACAAAUCCUGAAGACUUUUGGUCCUCCUGAAAGCCUCCCAUUCCACAAGCCAGCUGACUGCACCUCCACUCCAACUAAGGCAGGACAGGAGCAUGGGCAAAGCUGUUAGGCGAGUGCUGAGAACCAUAUUUCAGUGGCACAGGACACAAUUACCGUAUUUUGUGCUCUAUAAGACUCACUUUUUCCCCUCCUAAAAAGUAAGGGGAAAUGUGUGUGCGUCUUAUGGAGCGAAUGCAGGCUGUGCAGCUAUCCCAGAAGCCAGAACAGCAAGAGGGAUUGCCAUUUUCACUGCGUAGCGAUCCCUCUUGCUGUUCUGGCUUCUGAGAUUAAGAAUAUUUUUUUUCUUGUUUUCCUCCUCCAAAAACUAAGUGCGUCUUGUGGUCUGGUGCGUCUUAUAGAGUGAAAAAUACGGUAAUUCUUUGGCAGCUGCAUGCAGGGCAGGGAGAGACCUCCUUCUGGAACUCUGGAGUGCUGCUGCCAGUCAGAGCAGGCAGUACUAAGCUUAGGUAGACCAUCUACCCAGUAUACCUGCAGGAGCGUCUCCACCCCCAUCAGUCCAGUGCCAAGGGCCUUCUGGUGGCUCCCUCACUGCGAGAAGCAAAGUUACAGGGAAUCAGUCAGAGGGCCUUCUCGGUAGUGGCACCCGCCCUGUAGAACACCCUCCCAUCAGAUGUCAAAGAAAUAAACAACUGCCUGACGUUUAGAAGACAUCUGAAGGCAGCCCUGUUUAGGGAAGUUUUUAAUGAUUGAUGUUUUAAUGUACUUUUAAUCUUUUACUGGAAGCCGCCCAGAGUGGCUGGGGAAACCCAGCCAGAUGGGCAGGGUAAAAAUAUAUUAUUACUACUACUACUAUUCUUAUCAUCAUCAUCAUCAUCAUCAUCUGCCUGAGUCAGUAUAAGGCAGCUUUCUCUGUUCUCACAUAAGCAAUGCCUGAAGACUGGAAUGUGUUAUAUAUACUAGGAUAAAACGAUGAUGGAGCUCAGAGCUUGUGCUACACCUGCGUGGGGAACCUCAGGCUCAGGGACUGGAUGUGGCCCCACAGGCCUCUCUAUCAGGCCCUCAGGAACCUCCCCACACCCUCCCUAGCCACACCCUUCACUGGCUCUGCUUUACACCCUCCUUCCGGGGUGGAACGCGCCCUUGAACCCGGACCCUGCCUCUUCUUUGCUUGGAUGAGGGGUAGAGAGCAAAACAUGGAGGUGCGAACCCCUCUGACUUUUGAAUGCAUGGGCAUAGCCAGGGGGGAGCAGGGGGGAACUGCCCCUCCAAUAAUCCAGUAAGUGAAUAAAAAUACUGAACUAAAAGUAGAAAGAUUUUGACUGAUUUUUCUGAGCACCUGGAGGUCAAAAGGAAGUAAUUUAAAAUGACUGUUUUGCUGAGACAUUGCAUUCCAAUUCUGCUACCAGCCUUUCUCAACCUGUGAGUCCCCAGAUGUUGUUGAACUACAACUCCCAUCACCCCUAGCUAGCAAGGCCAGAGGGACGCGGGUGGCGCUGUGGGUAAAACCUUAGUGCCUAGGACUUGCUGAUCGUAAGGUCAGCAGUUCGAAUCCCCGUGGCGGGGUGAGCUCCUGCCGUUCGGUCCCAGCUCCUGCCCACCUAGCAGUUCGAAGGCACCCCUAAGUGCAAGUAGAGAAAUAGGUACCGCUUUAUAGUGGGAAGGUAAACGGCGUUUCCGUGUGCGGCACUGGUGCUGGCUCGCCAGUUGCAGCUUCGUCACGCUGGCCACGUGACCCGGAAGUGUCUUCGGACGGCACCGGCUCCCGGCCUCUUGAGCGAGAUGAGCGCGCAACCCUAGAGUCGGUCACGACUGGCCCGUACGGGCAGGGGUACCUUUACCUUUACCUUUUAGUCCAACAACAUCUGGGGACCCACAGGUUGAGAACCAGAGGAUGAUGACAGGUGAGUGCCUUGUGUCUCCCCCACUCCCAAAAUCCUGGCUAUGCCCAUGUUUGCACCAUAUUAUGCCAAGUCUGUUGCUCCACUCAUUUUCACCUCUGGCCCCACCCAGUGGACUGUUCCACUUGAAGACUGCAGGGUCAUAUUUUCAAAAUUCUCGCACAUGGCUCUCCCUGCUUGAAGGAGGCUAGCACAGCACAGCGAUGCCAUAACUUUUGCCUUUUGCUUUGCUACUUCCCCCUCCACCCAGGCAAUUUGGUUUGGCUGUGAUUGGGGGCAGGGGAGCAUGAUGCUUCUCUGUGCAGAUGGAGAGGGAGAAAGAGGGAGGGGUGCAAAGUGAUGCAGGCAAAGGGAGAAAAACAAAACUUUUGGCAUUGUAAUAUCAUUAUACAAAUCUAUGGUGCAGCCAGGUUUGGAAUACUGUGUACGGUUCUGGUUGCCUCUCCUCAAAAAGGGUAUUGUAGAGUUGGGGAAAGUUCAGGAAAAGGGCAACCAAAACUAUCAAGGAGAUGGAGUGAAUUCCACCCCUGAAGAAAGGUUGCAGCGUUCAGGACAUUUUAGUUUUGAGAGAAAAAGCAUUUAUAAAAAUGAUGCAUGGUUUGGAGAAAGUGGAUAGAGGAAAGUUUUCUUCCUCUUGCCCGACACUAGAACUUGGGAUGUCCACAGAAGGGGAAUAUUGGAAGGUUCAGGGCAGAUAAAAUAAACGCAGCAGGCAGUUAACUAUGGAACUCCCUCCUGCAAAGUAGCAGCGAUGACCACCAGCUUGGAUUACUUUAAAGAGGAUUGGACAAAUUCACGGAGGAGAGGGCUACCACUGGCUACUUGAUGCCUCCCUAGCUGAAGGCAGUAAUGCUUCUGUAUACUAGUUGCUGGAAACCUUAGCAAGGGAGAGUGCUGCAGUGCUCGGACCCGGCCUAUCUGUGAGGGCAGAACGCUGGACUAGAUGGUCUACUGGCCUGAUUCAGCAAACUCUUCUUACGUUCUUUUUUUCUCACAUUGACCGCAACCCAUAGAUACCCUGUAGUUUCUUGAGAAGUACAGUGGUACCUCGGGUUAAGUACUUAAUUCGUUCCGGAGGUCCGUUCUUAACCUGAAACUGUUAUUAACCUGAAGCACCACUUUAGCUAAUGGGGCACAAUUUCUGUUCUCAUCCUGAAGCAAAGUUCUUAACCCAAGGUAUUAUUUCUGGGUUAGUGGAGUCUGUAACCUGAAGCAUAUGUAACCUGUAGCGUCUGUAACCCGAGGUACCACUGUACUUCAAUCCUACUGUCAUUUGGUCAUGUGUUUCCCCUCAAACCACUUUCUAUUGGCUUUGGAAAUGAAAGCUGCCAUUAAGCUGAGGUGCGUACAUUUCAGACAGCCGUUGCACAUGCUCAGAAGGCAGAUUCAUUGAAUAGGAAUUGGGGGAUGGGGUUGAAAAUGUGGGGAAACACCACAGGUAAUGCACAUUGGAUCUCUGCCCCCACUCUGUGUGUAGCAAGCUAAAAUUGCGACUUGACAUGCACCGAGAGAACCGUCCUCCCUGCAAUUUGAGCUGCUCAUGUGUACCUUAGUCAAAUCCCUAUGUCUAAUUUUGUAUAAUAGAGCAUUUAUUUGGGGGUGGGGGGAUGAGGAACCUGUUGCGAUUAUAUACGCUUUCUGUCACAUGUAAGGAAGCUGCCCUGUCCAGAGCCAGACCGUUAUGUCCCUCUUCCUCAGUAUGCAUGCACGCACUGCCGUCACAAUUAGCUAUGUACUCCAUUGGAGUAUCAUAGAAUUGUUGGGAGGGAACCCAGGGGUCAUCCAGCCUAACCCCAGAUGCAUGGUUGUUGUUGUUGCUGUUGUUUAGUCAUUUAGUCUUGUCCGACUCUUCAUGACCCCCUGGACCAGAGCACACCAGGCACUCCUGUCUUCCACUGCCUCCCGCAGUUUGGUCAAACUCAUGCUGGUAGCUUCGUGAACACUGUCCAACCAUCUCGUCCUCUGUCGUCCCCUUCUCCUUGUGCCCUCCAUCUUUCCCAACAUCAGGGUCUUUUCCAUGAAGUCUUCUCUUCUCAUGAGGUGGCCAAAGUCUUGGAGCCUCAGCUUCACGAUCUGUCCAUCCAGUGAGCACUCAGGGCUGAUUUCCUUAAGAAUGGAGAGGUUUGAUCUUCUUGCAGUCCAUGGGACUCUCAAGAGUCUCCUCCAGCACCAUAAUUCAAAAAGAUGCAUGGUAGAUGCAUGGAAAAGAUUCAUAAGACAGGUAAAAUGCUGUUUUGUUUUGUUUUGUUUUGUGUUUUGUUAAAAAAAAGGUCUCAUCCACACAAUACAUUUUAAGCAUAUUCAACAUACAUUUGUAGCACAUAGCUUCCUCCAAGGGAUCCUGGGAACCUUAGUUUGUUAAGAGUGCUCUGUAAAAGGUAAACUACCACUCCCAGGAUUUUAAGUGAGGAGGGGGAAACAUGUUAUUUAAACAUAUUGUGUGACUUACAUGAUAUAUUUUGUGACCUUUUAAAAGUGCUCCUGAGCUGCUUAUUUUUAUUUUGGCUAAAAAUUUCUUAGUUUCUUGACCUUCCUACCCUGAAUUUAUAUUUUUUUCUGCUGCUGCUGGGCUAUCCUUAUCCCUUUGUGUCAAUACUUCCCUGCCUUGUUUACACCUCUCUCUCUUUUAUAUGAACUUCAGAUUACAAGACACCCCUCAGCCAAUCAGCAUCCUUGGAAGGUUCCAAUUGGAGUGGGGGUGGGGAGAAGGUGGGGAGAAAUUGUGAAUUUAAAUCAUUGGUGGGGGGAACUGAGUUUUUUAGAUUGGAUAUGACCCACUAUCUCCAAACACACACACACUCACACCCGUGUUAAUAAUAGAGUGACUAUUUGAAAUUAAUGCACAGAACUCCCUUAGGCCCAUUAAUUUCAAUAGGUCUACUCUUGAGUAGAAUACAGCCAUAAAAUAAAUAGCCGUAUCAAGGCUUCUUCCUUGAACUUGUAAAUUGGAAAGCAGAGGGAUAAAUGAAAUAGACACAAUCAGUGUUUUCGUCAUUAAAAGAGGGGAACAUUUGGGGAGCAUUAUGAAAAGUCAUGGUACACCCCCUACCUUGUUUUCUUAACUGCUUCUCUUAAGCAGGAUACUUUAAAAAAAAAUACAUUUUUAAACAAAUGUAAAAUUUCAAUUCUAUUUUUUAAAAGCACAAUUUUCAAAAAAAAAAUAUUAAAUUAUUUUGAUCUCUAUCCAACCUUUUUCUUUUUCUUUUCAAACGUCUGAUGCGCAGUAGUUGUUAGAAGGUUUGUAAAUCCGGAGUGGGAGAUGAGGCUAAAUUGCUUGCGUGGACGGACGUUUUAAGGCGAAGUUGAGCACCAAAGAGGUUUGGGGGCUCUCUGAAUUAAUUCCCUCAUUCUCUUCACCCGCCACGUUCAAUGUCAGGUCCCUAAUAUUUUAAAAGGAGGGCGCUUUUUAAAACACUUCGAAAUGGAUAAAUGCCUCGUUACGCAUUCUGAAAGACCCAAAGCCACCGGGUAGACCUUGGAAAAAUCGUCCCGGGGCGCAAGGUCCCCCGCGCCAAUCCUACGGCGUUCCUGCUGUGCGAUUUUGUGAGCCGUAAUUUGAGCCCACUGAAGCGGUUUACUCCCGAGUAAAACAGGCGGAGGCUCGGAUGGUAAAGCUGCAAUCCAAGCCCCAUCAGCGGUUGGGAGGGAUUUGCUUACUUCCAAGUAGGAUACGACAGCGCGCUUGCAAAGCUGAGCUUGGCCGGGCGCUGGAAGGGCGCUCUGUCUACGCUCAGAGGCUCUAUUUGCUUACUGAAAACAGACCCAGAUUAAGCCCAGAAUUCUUGUUUCUUUAUUGAAAAGCAUAUUUAUCCGGGGCGCACACAGAGAGCCUUUCCGCUUCGGUUGAACGGAUCUGUUGAGACAAUUGAGAAUAUUGCUGUCUUUGGAUUUAGGAUAUGAGACCCAGAGGCUUCUGGUUGGGGGGGGUGGAGUAGAGAUUUGGUUGGAAAAUUUAUUACAUAUUUAUUUAUUUCGAAAAUGUAUAAACCGAUUAAUGGCGAUCUUCUCUAUAGAUUUCUGUCUGGGAAUGGGAAACGCAAGGUGAUAGCCUACUUUAGCCCUACUCAGAGUAGACCCAUAGACUCCCACGAAAUUCAAUAUUAGAAGCACCUCUUACUGCUUACAAUAUUGUUCUUAAGGGAUUCUGUGACAACAUUGCAGUGCUUAGGUGUACUGCUACAAUAUAUAAACAGAUGCUGGGCCCCGAUCCAGCCAGAGUUAAGGCAAUGUAAUCCUUGCAGAGUUGCUGUCAGGAUAAAAAGGGGCAGCGUACGUUUUACCUUGAGCUCCUUGGAGGAAAAAAGGGAUACAAUUUUAUUUUAUUAUUGAUUAAAAUUUAUAUACCGCCUUUCAUCCAAGGAUCACAGGGCGGUUGACAGUGUAAAUUAAUUAAUUGAUGAGGCGGAAAUGUUUUUUAGUCUUAAUUAGAUUUUCCUUUAAUUGACCUAAGUGUGUGUGUGUGUGUGUGUGUGUGAAUAAACUAUACAGCCCAAUUAAGGUUCCAGUGGGAGUCAGUCUUACGAAGGUCAAUGGGAGUUCCUUCUGAGCAGACGUGCAUAGGAUAGCGCUAUGUUAAACGAGCAAUGCAGAUCUUCAAAGCAAAUCGCGUUGCUGGGAUCGUGACCAGUAGCUCGCUGCUGAUUACCUCCACAUUUUUAAGAGGUGUGUGCCUUUGGAUGAAAAUCUAGAGGUCCGCUUACUCCUGAAUUCAAGGAGUCCGGGAAUAAAAUCCUUGAACUGAGACUGACUUUUGAAGCGAAUGUGUUUUAAGAUCGAGGAGUUUGGCGUGUGAGAGAGAAAAUCCAAAAAAUUCACACCCGGGCUGGCAGAGCAAUAAUUAUAUUUAGGUUGCAUAUCCCCUGCAAGUUCCAUUGAGCUCAGAGGAGCUUACUCUUGAGCAGACAUGCAAAGUUGUUGUUUUCUUCCUUAAAAUCAGCCAUGGAAGGUUUGUGGAUAAUUCAAAGAAUAAAACACAAGCCUUCGAGCGAUUCUGAAAAAUGUGGAUUUGGCAAGCCCUUGAGUUCUCCAGAGUGCUUCGUCAGGGUGGCGCUUAGAGAGUUUAGGAAGCGGCAGAAGCUGGCUUGAUAUUGUGGUCGCUAGUUUAAUUUGUUUCUCCCGUCACCAAGAACCCUGGGAACUGUAGCUCACAGAACUACAAUUCCCAGCACCCUUAGCAAACGACAGUUCCCAGGAUUCUUGGGGUGGGGGGAGAGGGGUGAUGUACUUUAAAUGGAUAGAGCUCACAGUGUUAAACUGGGCUGCAACUCCGGAACACGUUCUUGUUUUAUUUACCAUUAUUAGUCACCUAUUAACCUAGUUCUCCGGGAGACUGAAAGGUAAAUCCCAGGGAACACAUUCGGACUUGCUUCUGAGUAAACAUGUCUAGGUUUGCACUGCUAAUUGGAUUAUUAGGCUCUGUGGAACUUUCACAGUAAGCAAAACAAAAACAAAAACGAGAGAGACAGUUCUCUGCCCCGAGAGGAUCCCAUUUCCACUGCUGUCCCAGCUCCGCAUUGGUCUGAGGGCAUUUCCGGCUUAACUCGGCUGCAGAUCCAGAUGUGCAUUGGGCGGCUCCUUCAUUAUGUGAAUCAUUCGACCUGGAGGGAUAAGGGAAAGGCCGCAGCCGAGGGGCCGAUGGUCUGCUAUGCGUGCAGAAAGCCACGAGUUCAAUCCACCGCCUCUCCAGGUAGAGCUGGGAAAAGUCUGAAAUCUUGCCGAGCCGCUGCCAGUCCGUGUAGACAGCCCUGACCUAGAUGAGCAGCUUUGUAUGCAGCCCGUAGUUCAAAACAUUGAGGACUUGAACCUUGCUUUCUUUUUAGAGGAAGGGAGCUCAGCUAUAAAGCGUCUGCUUUACGCGCAAAAGGUCCCAUGUUCAAUACCUCUUUAGGCAGGGCUACGAUUCUGGAAGGCUGCUGCCAGUCCGUGCAGGCAGUAUUGAGCUAGAUGAGCCAGUGACCUGACUUGUACUGAAGGCAGCUUGCUAUUUGACCUGCUGCCUGAGCACCAACAGAUCCGGAAUGGGAUCGCGUUCAAACCGAAUCAAGGAGAAUAAAAUUAUCCUGCCUUGAGAAUCAUUGGAGUGUAAUUGUGUGUGUGUGUGUGUGUGAGAGAGAGAGAGAGAGAGAGAGAGAGAGAGAGAUCAUCUAUAAUUUUAUUGUAGUUUAUUUUAAUUGCUUCUACUACUCAGGCAUCUUGCAAAGUCUGGCUUGAUCUCUGUAUAGUUAAAAAUCUAUCCGUUUCAAUCGUUUGAGGUGCAAUGGCUACAAGUGAUAGAUUCCAUGUUGUUUGCGUGUGCAAGGUUGCUACACAAGUUGCUGGUUUAGUAAAGGGAGGGGGUGGAGAAUGGAUGAUAACGUGCAGUAAUGCGGAAGGAGAUGUUUCACACAAUCAGGCAGCGCUGCCAAAAACACCGGGCAGAAUCGGGUGUGGUUCCUGCAAGACGCAGAAAAUCCAAAUAGAUUAAAAUAAAAUAAAAAAAGGAGGAGGAGGGUUAUCUGUUUUAUUUAUUUAUUUUUGUGGUGGGGGGGUUCUAAUUGGGGGUGUGGUAUUCGAAAAGCAGAUAUAUAUGAAAUAUAAUUUAAAAUGCAAGAAAACCCUCGUACUUUGAAAGGCAUUGAAUGAAAUCCAGCUAGGUUUUUAAGUCAAGAUUGAAAUUAAGGGAGCUGUAAGAGUCGUAUCUAUGGAGUUCAGUAGGUCAACCCUGAGCCGGGAUUAACUUUGGAUACAUUGACAAUGUGACGUUAUGAGAAAUCCUUCAUGGGACGCUGGCCAAAUGCAAAAUGGGUGGGCCGGCUCCGGGCUCCUGCACCUUUAAUAGUAGCAUAGAAGGGCGACCAGCCCCUGAAAUCGCCUCUUCUACAUCAAUUAAAGGUACAGGAGCCCCCGCUGCCGCUUUGUAAGCGACGCCUGCUGAAAAGCCCUCUUCUGUCCGAUGAUAAAAGGUGCGCGAGCCGGGCCCCCUCCGCUUUUUGACCCGGCCGCCCUAUUUCGUACAAGAUGUGUGUUGUUGUGUACAUUACACGCAGGUGCCGCCUUCCUAAAGCUGACCUGUAUCUAGAAACAGUUCGGUUGGGUCCGGCUGAUAGACAGAGGCUGCAAUUCCUUCUUCGCUCUCCCACUCUUGGCGCAGAUAAGAUCGGUCUGCGUCUUUACCCACUGGAGAGGAAAUGCGCAGGGCGAUCCUGGGCAUGGGAUUGGGCUUCCUUCUCAACCGAAGCAGCGCGAGCUUUAAAAUCUGCCCUCAGCUGAACCAAGCGGGGCUUCUUCAAAGUCUUGCGCUUUGUUCCUUGCGCCACUGGCCUGCAAACCCCCGUUUAAUUCGCGAGGGGGCUGCCUUGAUCUAAGUACCCCGCUGAUUUCAAGGUAAUCUACUUCCCCGGAAGAAGAUCCCACCUCCAAAGGUGUUUAGAAAUCGAGAUGGAUUUAUUUGGAAUUAACUCCUCCAUACCAGAAUUUGUGGGCUCUUUCCUUCCUUGCUCUCUAGCGUGGUUCUAAAUCUCUUAACGACCGAGGCUUGGUAGGUAGUUCGGGUUAAACCCUGCUGAACCCGAAGUACCUUACUGGAGAUAAUAUUUCAGGGAAGUAAAUCAGCUGGAUUUCCAGUUCUUGUGUACGUUUGGUAGGGGGUGUUGUUGUUUUUUCUGGUGGCAGGGGACUGCGCUCAUCUCCUUGGAGGAUCCCGGUUUAAAUCCGCAAAAGAUUGCGCUCUCUACCGACUCCAUCAGUUUCCCACAUACGUCGCUCUUCUUAAUAGACUGCAGCCCCUAACCCCACUUGCCUCGGAGUAAACCCUAGUGGAUUAUAAAAGGUUUACUUCUGAGAAGACGUAGUCGGGGUUGCGUUGUUCCAAGGAUCGCCUUGCGCUUCUUUUGCGCCGUAGCGUGCUGAAUAAGAGAAAACUGUGAACCGCCCUGAGAUCUACGGAUGAAGGGCGGUAUACAAAUUUUAAUAAUAGCAACAAUAAUAGGCAGGGAGGCGUUUUGCGUUGCAGGACCCGCGUUUAGUCCAACUGCCUGUUUUUAAGCGUAAUAAAAGGGUAGCUUGGAUUUGCUUAUUUGAAAGCUGAUAGGCCCUGCAGUCAUCUCUCUCUCUCUCUUGAAUCCAGAAAUUGUAAUUAACCUGCUCUGGGGAUUAUAGCAAAAAAAGCGAGCGAGCGAGAGCAGUACAGUAUAUAUUCUGGAGGUGUCAAAUCUGAUUAUGGCUCUCGGCCAAGGCUUUCUGAAUGGCUCUCGGCCAGAUUCCGGAGAAAGUCUCGUUGGGUUUUACGUCCGAAUGAACAUGCAUGAUCUCGGACGGCUCGGAGAGCAAAACGUGGCUUUAAAGACCUGGCGGGUCUCGGCUAUUUCGAGAUGGAUUUUCUGCUUAAGACGGUCAACCUCAGAAAGGAAGGUGGUUUCUUUCUGAAUAAGGCCCCGAGUCCACGCGCGUUGAAAUAAAGAGGUCCCCUUUCCUCCCCAACACACACACGUUAAAAAUGCGUCGAAAUCGCUUUCAGGCUUCGCAUUUCAUGUGGACCGGAUUGCAGAUGUAAGCGCGUCCGUUACUCCGGAGAGAGUGUCACUGAAAAUCCGGGCUGAGGUUCCUUUUGCAACCCCCGAACCAAAGCGCGCGCUUCACAUGGAAACACUUCGCUUUGGGGUUGGGGGGCGGGGGGCGUGCUUUCUUUUCUUUUCUUUUCUUUUCCCUUGAAAGGCAGCCCCGGGUCUCCGUCUCUGCUGGGCGCGCGGGGACAGUCCGUCGGCGCGCGGGUUAGUGGAGGAUUUUGGUCAACGAAAAGAAGCGCGGUUUUGGUUUUGUUUUUACGAGGGAGUGGCAGGGGAAUAAUUCAGAGAAAGAGCAUUAGACCAAAGCUAGAGGUGGCUGCGCGAGGGAGGGAAGGAGGACGGGCUUGGUCACUUUCGUCUCUCGCAAAAAGAUUCUGCGCUCUCUCCUCCUCCUCCGUCUCUCGCGCUCUCGCCUUCGGGGCUCCGUUGCGCUCCUUUCGCCUUCCUUCCCCUCGCGCCCCGGUUUGCGAAGAGAAAAGCGGGGCGCUAAAGGAGAAGGCUGAGGUCGGAAGGCUCCAGUCACACCCCAAAAGAAAAAGGAAAACCCGAAAGCAUAGAGAGAAGAGUUAUAUCUUCCAAAGGGCAGGUGCGCGAUACAAUAAACUCGGUUUAAAAUGCAAUACUUAUAGAUGAGGAUAUUAGAUAUUCAGCUCGAUCCGGUGGAGAAUAGCCACCGCUAAGACCAAUUAACUUCUUUCUCUCUCCCUCUGUAUAAUCCAUACACCUCUCUAUAUGAUAUCAUACAUUUAUACCUGCUCAUUAUAUAUUCUAUAUAUUUAGGUAUGUGUGUAUUGUAUAUAAUCAUAAUGUUUUGACUGUUUUUAAUACCCGGUUAUAAAUUGUAAGUCGCCCUGAGACCUCAUGGUGAAAGACGAAUAAGAAAUGUAUCACAGCAACAACAACAACAAUGUCACACGAGGGUGUACCUUGUAAAAUAGAGCUAAAGAAAAAUAUAUUAUUCGCAGUUUAUUGCUUGCAGAUUGCAUUAGACUAUAUUCGUCUAUACUUUGAAUACCGAAUAGCCUGUUGUUGUUGUUGUUGUUGUUGUUGUUGUUGUUGUUGUUGUUGUUGUUGUUUGGAUUUCUUACUGCCCUUCACCACAAGGGCCCAAGGCAGGGACAGCACUCUAAAAAGGCAAGAUUAAAAUAAAUUUAAACUAUUUUCUUACACACACACACACACACACACACACACAAAUAUCUCUCAUAUACUUCUUCGGAAGUGUAUCCCAUUAAGCUAAGGGCACAACCUUAAUAUUUACGGGCUCAGAGCCCAUAUGCACGUUUACUCGGGUGUAAGGCCUCCGGGUGUUCCAGGGGGCCGGGGGCCGAGCGUGCGGUCUCACCGGGUGGAAAUUCAGCCCCGUGGACCUGAGCUGAAGAGCUUCUCCACGAGACACGCAAGCCCUCAACCUGCCUCCUUGGAAGUAAGCGCUCUUCUCUGUUGAAGUCACGACUUUCUUGAGUAAACAGAAGCGCUCUUUCUGGGGAUUUAGGAAGGGGUGACGGUGGACCGGGGUUGUCUUGCUGGUGAGCAAGGGCGCGCAGUAUGCAGAGUGGACUCACGGGCAUUGUGUGUGUGUGUGUGUGUGUGUGUGUGUGAGAGAGAGAGAGAGAGAGAGAGAGAGAGAGAGAGAGAGAGACUAGCUUUAUUAAGGAUUCUGCUUCAAAACGCCUUUUGUUAAUUCUUGAGCUUAUCGGAUCAGCGUUCAAGGCUGGCAAAUAAGAGCUAUGGGGUUGCUUAAUGUUGGGUUGUGUCUUAUGCAAGAAUGGAUUGGAGAGGGAGAGAGAGAAAGAGAGAGAAGCGCACCUCUGGUUGAUAGAGGGGGGGACGGGGUUAAAGGUGGAGAGGGGGACGCUGCCUUGACUUUCCUGCUUGCUAGGAUGUGUAUAUCCGAGACGGAGUCCCGGGGAGCAAGUUCCCCGAAGGGUGCGCGUCUUUGUAGCAGAAGUGCGGUUGCGAGAGGGCGCUCAAGUGAGCGGAAAGCCUAUCGAUAAAUAGGGAGAAAUAGCGGAGGAGAGAAGGUAGCCUUUUCUCCUCCUUCCUUUGCCCCUGCAGUUCUGGGGUGAGCUUAAAAAGGAAAGACCCUUAGCUCAGUUGUUAGACCAUCCAUCUACUUUGCGCGCAGAAGUUCCUGAUUUCAAACCCCGCCAUCUCCAGGAGGGGCUUGGAAAGACUUGGAACCCCGAGGAGCUGCUGCCAGCCAGUGUAGACAGUACUGAGCAAGAUGGAGUAUUGCUCUGGCUCAGUACAAGGCAGCCGCUUUGCGUCCCGGGUUAAAUCCCUGGCAUCUCCACCUCUGGCUUAUAUAGAAGAGCAAGUUUCUCGGAUGGUAGUGGUCCAACUAGCACAGAUGAGGUCAAAGGAUCCCUUAAGACAGCCUUUCUCAACCUGUGGGUCCCCAGAUGUUGUUGAACUACAACUCCCAUCAUCCCUAGCUAGCAAGGCCAGAGCUCAGGGUUGAUGGGAGUUGUAGUCCAACACAAUCAGAGAGCAUGGCAGUGGCUUCCCCUGGUCUACACAUGCAUACUUAGAUCUGCACAUGCCCAUUUUCUCUGCAUGGACAAUCCUCUGGGGCUGUACUGCAAUGUUUGCAAGUAAGUCUGUAUGUAUUUGCAUGGCUUAUCCAUGUCUUGGUUAGGUCCAGGAUCAACUCCCCUUUCAGCCAUGGGUGACCUUAGAUCAGUCCACAUCUCUCUGCAUAACCUACCUCACAGGGUUGUUGUAGGGAUAGAAUGAAGGGGGGGAGAGAAGAGAGAGAUACCCCCCCCCCCCGCAGAGCUGCCUGGAGAACAGACUCUUAUUAUUAGUGUUGUUGUUAAUUCAUUUUAUUAGUCCCUUGACUCAGAAGGACUCACAAAAUUUAAAAGCGUAAAAGGAUGGCAUAAAAUUGGGGGGGAGAGGGAGAAGAAGAAUGCAUUGCAAUAAAAGCCAUACAGUAAUCUAUAAAAUAAACCCAAUAAAACAGCAGGGAAAACACAUCACCAAUAGACAGCAAAAUCUAAACGGAUGGUGGGAUGGGACUGUAAGGUGGUUAUUAUCCCUCCUCCUUAAUGCUGUUUCCCAAAUCUCUGCCCACCGAAAACACUAUUUGCCUAGUUUCCCCCACUCAGAUUAUAAACGUAUCUAGAUACAGACGAUGUGUUUGUACAGCUUCUGACACUAAUAUAUAGAUUGCAAUUUAAUGGGCAUCAGUAUAUACAUUUUUCAGUUUACACCAGGUGUGGGGCCCUAUUGGCCCUCCAGAUGUUGCUGUACUACAACUUCCAGCAAUGGCCAGUGUAGAUUGCACUACUUCAGGGUGCAGAUUGGGGGGGGGGCAUAUUUUUAAUGCUUUGUCCAAUAUUGAACAUAACCUGCAAGUAGAAAACUAGCCCAGCAGGGAAUGACCUAGGCUACCACAACCUCUCUGGCUAGUGUGAAAUUAUUAGUCACAGGGAAUUCAUUUCUGCCUCAGGGGAGAAUUCAAAACUGGCGCCUCUCCCUGCAGCCUGAAAUGGUACUGUCUGCUUCGGCUCAUGUAGGCCACCCCACAAAUAUGCUGGCUGGUGGCUGAUGGGAGUUGGAGUCCAACAGGGCUCCAUGUUGGCUACCCCAGUUGUAUGCUCAAGGGGAGGGGAGGCGGAGAGGAGAUAUUCACACAGGGGGUGUUGAUUCUUUUCUGCUAGGACCUGCCUCUGAAAUGUGAAACAAACGUGCAAAUUAGAUCUUUCCCUGUGCAAUCUGGAAUUAAAUAAAGUGAAGGCAGAAAGCACAUGCGGUCACCACUCUGCUGGAGCCAAACAAGUCCCAAAUGUAAGAAUGGCUUGCUGGAUCAGGCCAAUGGCCCACCUAGUCCAACAUCCUGUUCUCACAGUGGCCAACCAGAUAGAUGUCCGUGGUCAGCAAGCAAGCAGGGUUCAAGCACAACAGCACUGUCCUCUCCUGUAGCUUCCAGCAAGUGAUGUUCAGAAACAUUACUGCCUCUAAAUGUGGGUCAGCUGCAGUACAGGCUAGUCCAUUAAUGGGCGAAUGGGGUCAUGCCCCACCAAGCUCAGCCUGCCUUCAGCCAGCCCCGCCCCAAACCUGCCUGCUUUCUUUCCUGCAACCAGCCCAGGAUUUGGCAUUGGUGGUGAGAUUCCUCCUCCUUCAUCUCAGUGUUGCCCUUGUAGAACUCAACAGGGAGGUGAAAAGGGUGAAGCUAGACUCUAUCUUUCAGUGACUCUGACUCCACCCACUGUUUGAGCUCCUUGCAUUCCACUAUAGCAGUUUCAGUGGACAGCAGUCACCAGUGGGUCCUGGUCAGUGCCGGAUUUACCGUACGUAUAAGCUAAACAAGCUAUAGCUUAGGGCAGGGGUCAGCAAACUUUUUCAACAGGGGGCCAGUCCACUGUCCCUCAGACCUUGGGGGGGGGCCACACUAUAUUUUUUUGGGGAAAGAACGAAUUCCUAUGCCCCACAAAUAACCCAGAGAUGCAUUUUAAAGAAAAGGACACAUUCCACUCAUGUAAAAACAUGCUGAUUCCCAGACCAUCCGCGGGCCAGAUUGAGAAGGCGAUUGGGCCGGAUCUGGCCCCCGGGCCUUAGUUUGCCUACCCAUGGCUUAGGGCCCCACUCUCCUGGGGCCCCCCAAAAAAAAUUAAAGGGGAAAAAACUGGAUGUACAUUUCCAAAAUAUAAGAUAAAAAAAUAAAACCUACACACAGCAACAGUGUUUUGUGUUGUGUAGGCUCCUAUUUGUUAUGUGCAAAUGACUUAAGAUACCUAUUAGGUCCAUAAAUUACCAUAUAGCAUAUAUUCAACACACACAAAACAGCAACAAUUUGUUGUUGACAAAGGACAGCUGGACAUAUAAAGGGCCCCAUUGCAUUCAGUAGCUUAGAGCAGAGGUCAGCAAACUUUUUCAGCAGGGGGCUGGUACUCUGUCCCUCAGACCUUGGGGGGGGCAGACUAUAUGGGGGGGGGGGAUAAAAUGAACGAAUUCCUAUGCCCCAGGGAUGCAUUUUAAAUAAAAGGAUACAUUCUACUCAUGUAAAAACAUGCUGAUUCCCGGACCGUCUGUGGGCCGGAUUGAGAAGGUGAUUGGGCCGCAUGCGGUAAAUCGAGCCCUGGUCCUGGUACUCUCAGGGUUGAGAUCAGACAGAGCCCCCCACCUCCCCCUCCUUUUAACUUCGGGUACUGCUGGACAAAGAUGCCUUUCUAUUUCAGCAGGCAUUGUAAGGAAGGUUUCUGGUUUUAUGAUUCAUUUUGACUUAAUUUUAUCCCCUUUGUCUGUGUGUGCUUUUGGUAAUCUUGAUGUACUGCAAAGAAGCGUUGGCGAUUAAGCAGUAUAUACAUAGCAUAAACAAAAUAAAAUAAACAGGACACCUGGUGGAAGAAAGGUGGGAAAUAAAGGCAAGAAAAUGAAUAAAAAAUCCACACAUUCCCACAAAGAAAUAAGAAAAUGAGGCUGCAACUUUAAUUCUGUUUACCUGGGACUAAGGCCCACUGAAUUAAAUAGGACAUACUUGUGAACUGUCAUGAUGACGAUUUCACUUUUAAUGGGGAAUAGGCCCCUCAUGUACUGUAAAGCAUUGUGACUUAGUGCAGAUCUGCAAAAGGACAUGAUUCCCCCCUCAAAGAAUGCUGGGAACUAUAGUUUGCUAAGGGAGCUGGGAAUUGUAGUGCUGCUAGGGGAAAACUGCAGUUCCCAGUAUAUGCUUUAAAUGUAGGGUGUGGCUCUGCCUUUACUUCUGAGUAAGGACACACAGGAUUGUGCAGUAAGUGAUUGAUAAUAUGGAAAUAGAUUUCAAAUUAUUUAUCCCCACUUUAGCUUAAUAAUAAUAAUAAUAAUAAUGCCAAAACUACAUUUAAGUAACUUUAAACCUCUAUAUUUUCUAUAUUUAAAAACUGGCUUGUGUGUAUUUAUCUAUCACUUGCUUCAGACCUCUUGUAAAGACACACCAGACUUUUACUGACCCAUAAUAUCAGACCCUGCUUCUUUCUGUAUUAAUUCCCUUUAUUGUUUUUUAAAUAUGCUUUUAUACCACUGUUUUACAUGUUUUAUAUUGUAUUUUUGUUCCAAUGAUCUCAUUUACUGCUUUAAUCGUGUACGCCACUUAAGGUAUUUUAAUUUUUUAAGUGGUUUAUCAAUGUUUUAAUUGCCUGAUUGAUCGAUGAAUCAAUGAAUACUGGGGUUGUGUCUUGCACUGGUGUACGGUACAUUUCAAACGCACACAUGAAUCUUGGGAACUGUCGUUUGUUAAGGGUGCUGGGAAUUGUAGCUCUGGGAGGGGUAAACGACACUGUGCGGGGGUUCUUUAAAUGGAUAGUGUGUGCGUACACGAGUUCUGUCCCUAUAUGCAAGACCUGCCACUCAUUCCACCCUUCUGUGAACGUGGGGACCUGGUGUGUGUGUUUAUCUGCAAUAUGCGUGCAAGCAGGGAGGCUGGUAUCUGGACUAUGUCCCUGUGAGUGCUUGUCAGCGAAAGGGAGCAUCCGUAUUUGCGUAUGCUGAGCCAGGCAAGGGGUGGAGAGCGGAUUCUUUCCGAUGGUGUGUAAACCGCGGCGCUCCCCGAAUCCGGAUUUGCGCUGUCCUUUCUUCUGAGCCAGAGGAUAUCUUGAAGCCCGAUAAUUUUACCUCCAGUAAAAUUCUCUCUCUCUCUCUCUCUCUCUCUCUCUCUCUCUCUCUCGUGUGUGUAUGUGCGCGCGCGUGUGUGUGUGAGACAGAGAGAGAUUUACCUUCAGUAAAAUUAUAAUUAGAUACAUGUAUGAGCGAAUAAGAAUCGAGCAGUUUCAACUCCAGAUCUCUGCACACCAUUUCACCUUAACAAAUUGCGGAUUGGGUGAAUGACGUGUGGUUGUCUCCAGCUAAAUUGUACUCCGAGGAGACCCACUGAAAUUAACGAGCGUAAGUUAGUCGUAGCAAUUGAAUUCAGUGGGUUUGCUCUGAAUGAAACUGACGUUGGAUACAACCGAAAGAGGCAUUGCUUUAACAAUCCUGGCGUCUAAUCCGGUUCCUUUCCCGGCCCGCCUGUCAACCCUGGUAUAUGUGUUAAUCCAGCACUGCUCCCUCCGUUUAGCUGCUUUGAGAAUCCGGUUUCUCUGGUUUGAUAUACCUUUGUGUGUGUGUGUUCUUAGGUUGUAUUUUGGCGUCUCUGAAUGGUCAGCCUAGCGUCCUCCAUUCCCACCCCCUUGCCUGCCUGGCUGGCCUUUUGGCGAAUGCCCUGGGCGAGUGUUCCAAAAGCUCUCCAAACGGCAUCUCUCCGUGCGCCCUAGGCGCACCACGGGAACGAUCCUGCUUGGCUUCUCUUUCCCAGUGGCUCUAGCGUUGAUCCCCGCGCCCUUGUCCUCGCCUCGGUAUCCCAAGCAGCCUCUCAACUCCGGCUUCUCUUCCUCCUUCUCCCUGGCAGGUUUGGUUCCAGAAUCGGCGUUCCAAAGAAAGGCGCAUGAAGCAACUGAGCGCGCUGGGGGCCCGACGGCACGCGUUUUUCCGCAGCCCCCGCCGCAUGAGGCCGCUGGUAGACCGUCUGGAGCCGGGAGAGCUCAUCCCCAACGGGCCCUUCUCCUUUUACGGAGGUGGGUAAGCGCGCGGGGGGGGGGGGAGAGGUUCCUGGGCGUGUUCACACGUCUCCCUAGCUGCAUCCACACACACAAGCCAGCCCAAGAAUUUUGAUUUUACACCUCUUGACAGGCCUGGAGCCAGAAAGUUUGCAGGGAGGGGACACUGCAAAACCGUCAGGAAAUAAACUUGAUAUUAGGCUGUUUAAUUUUAGAUAAUAUUUAUAAUAUUUAAAUUUUUAUAAAAAAUUUGGGUGGGAACCUAAUCCCAGCCCAUUAGCAGAAAACUUACUUCUUAAUUACUAAUUUGGCACUGCAUCCUUUCCCUUUAUCUCCAGCUAAAAGGUGCUCCUUUUAGUUUUAGGGUUUGUUUUUAGGGUAACAGAAAAUUCAGCAGGUGCCUGUAAUCUCCCUUGAGUGCUCAAGUCAUGGGGAGGGGGUAUAAAGGCUUUAUGAAAUCCUUAGCCCCCCACGUUUUAACCAAAUCAUGCUUCCUGGCCUCCUAUAAGCAGUAGCUUAAGAGGAUCAUCCUAAAUGGUAAAGAGGCUGAACUGCCUCCCUCACAAGAGAAGAAGCUGCUUCACGCUGAGUCAGACCAUUGAUCCACCAAGCUCAGUGUUAUCUACAUUGACUUGUUAGCGAUUCCCCCAGGUUUCAGGCAGGAUCCUUUCCCAGCUAUACCUGGAAAUGAGCCUGGGAUUUCCUUUAUGCAAAGCAGAUCCUCUGUCACUGAGCUACAGCUCUUUCUGCAAAGGUCCUCUGUGAAACUGAACCCAGAAAGAGCCUUGCUUUAGAAUCUGGAAUGAAUCUCUUCAUGCAGCUUCAUAGGGUCUAGCCUAAUGCAACAACAACAACAAAGUGCUUUUAUACCGUACCCAUCUGACCCCAGACACUCUGGGCAGCUUCCAACAAAAUACAGUGGUACUUCAGGUUACAUACGCUUCAGGUUACAGACUCCACUAACCUAGAAAUAAUGCUUCAGGUUAAGAACUUUGCUUCAGGAUAAGAACAGAAAUCGUGCUCUGGCAGCGUGGCGGCAGAAGGAGGCCCCAUUAGCUAAAGUGGUGCUUCAGGUUAAGAACAGUUUCAGGUUAAGAACGGACCUUCGGAACGAAUUAAGUACUUAACCCGCGGUACCACUGUAUAAAGGAACAAAACAAAACAUCAAACAUUAAAAGCACCCCAAAACUCAGAACCAAACUAAGCAUGAAAUUAACUGCAUAGUUCUGUCCUGAAAUGCAAGGGGUGAGUGGGAGUCCCCUCCAAUUGCCAAUUUUGGGGGGCCUGGUGCAGAUUGGAACCCUAGCAUAGGGGGGCACUCACAGAGAUAAACAAUAUGUGUUGGCGCUGUUCUUCCGAAUCAGUCAGAAAGAAGCAAUGUAGGCUUAAAAUUGGGGGAGAUGGAAAAUGACCCACCAGGGAAGGGGGAGAAGGAGGGAAAAAAUAAAACCCAGACACCAAUUAUUAAAUAGUUAUUCUUCUAAUGAGUAGCUGACACAGUUCAGGGGUAAGAGGUGCGUGGCAGAGCUGGUCUUUCAGCAAAGCUGAUGGAAUGAGCACUGCUCUCCAUGUCUCCCACUGAGGCAGUCCAUGGAAUGACUGCCCCAAAGUGUCUGUCUGAUGGAGUUAUCAUGUUUGGGGGGCGGGCAACAACACUGUUGUUCAGUGGUAGGUUGCACAAUUAUAGCUGAUUGGGAAAUAUUGUGUAAUAAACCCACUAUCCUAAAAUAUCAGGCCUUUUUGCAGUAAGGAAAGUGACAGGGAAAGUGGAGGAUGACACUGGCUUUGAUGCAGUGCCAUCUAGCCUACCCACAGACAAGCCAGAAUGAAUGCUCAUUAAAUAGUCCAUGUAGUCUAACCUCCCCGCAAACAAAGACUGUAAUCCUAAAAACCUGCUUUCCUGGGAGUAAGCCCCACAGAAUCCAAGAAGAUGUACUUUUGAGGAGAUAAUGGUUACGUUUGCACACCACCAUAUUAAUACUGGUUCCAUGGAAAUACGGGGAAAAUUCCCCAAAGUGAUCUUGGCUGCAGAGUUCAUCUUCAGCUUUAUAAGAAUCUUGGCGUCCUCUCAUUCUUAAAAACAAAAUCAAGCUUCUCUUAUUGUUGAAAAAAUGUUAUUUCAAGUUACUGGGUGAAAUCAGAAACCACAGAAGUUUCUGUGGCCCCUCUUCCCCUUAUCAGCAUAAUCAGAUCAAAGUGUGAAAAUAAUAACAAUUUAGCAAAAUUGAUUCAACUUGGCAUCUUAUAGCAGAGUGUGGUUUUAAUUUAUUGCAGAAUUUGCAUUCAUCACAUUUUAAUUUAAAGCUGAGGACGUGCAAACAGGUUUUAAGAUGCAACUAGGGGAAAAGGUGGGCUUGUUGAUGACAAGCAUUUGCAAAUGUGUAGGUCCUUGACCCCCCCAACCAUAAUGAGUUUUUUUUAAGUAAGGAGAAAUAAAAGUUGCAGUCAUCCGCAUCAGGCCCAGAGCUGUCACUGGUGGCACAGAUGCUGAUGCAGAGCGCAUUUGUCACUGUAAUUUGCCACUUUCGGGGGGGGUACUUGGGGGGUCAGAGCCUGGGCUGUGGUGGUCCAGACUUCAGCUCUGAGGUCCAACCCAAGUUGCACCACUGUUGAGGUGGUGGCUGGGGGCCUCAUCAGGGCCUCCCCAAAUCAUUUUGCUGACUGUGGCGAAGCAGAAAAUGGCGCCAGGUCAAGGUGCAAAAGAAGCCAAGGCUAGGUUAUGUAAUAAUAAUAAUAAUAAUAAUAAAUAAUUAAUAAUAUAUUUAUACCCCGCCCAUCUUGCUGGGCUUCCCCAGCCACUCUGGGCAGCUUCCAACAAAAUAUUAAAAUACAAUAAUUAAUCAAAUAUUAAAAACUUCCCUAAACAGGGCUGCCUUCAGAUGUCUUUGAAAAGUCAGAUAGUUGUUGUUCUCUUUGACAUCUGGUGGGAGGGGAUUCCACAGGGCGGGUGCCACUACCAAGAAGGCAAUCUGCCUGGUUCCCUGUAACUUGGCUUCUCGCAGUUAGGGAACUGCCAGAAGGCCCUCGGCACUGGACCUUAGUGCUUCUGAAUACCAAUUACUGGAAACUACAGGAGGGGAGCACAGGUCGCCAUAUUACCAAAUUCUGCUCCUGCUUGCAGGCUUUCCAUUGGAAUACCUGGCUGGCCCCUGUGAGAAUGCUGGAUUAGAUGGGCCAUUGGCCUGAUCCGGCUGGCUUUUCCCAUGUUUCCCCUUCUCUAAUCGAGACAUGGGGAAGCUCAGCCCACCACGAACCACAUAGUGAAAAGGGCGACAUCCUGCUACAUAACUAAUCAAAUUUGGUUAUGCAGUAUUGACAGCUGAUCAGGCCAUCCUCUGCUGUAAUUAUGAUCUAAAAUAAUAAUAAAUAAUAAUUUUAUUGUUUAUAUCCCACCCACCUGGCUGGGUUUCCCCAGCCACUCUGGGUAGCUUCCAGCAAAAUACAUAAUAAUAAUAAUAAUAAUAAUAAUAAUAAUAAUAAUAAUAAAAAUUAUACUUUAUUAUUUAUACCCCACCCUUCUGGCUGAGUUUCCCCAGCCACUCUGGGCAGCUCCCAAUCAAGUGUUAAAAACAAUACAGCAUUAAAUAUUAAAAACUUCCCUAAGCAGGGCUGCCUUCAGAUGUCUUUUAAAGAUAAGAUAGCUGCUUAUUUCCUUCACAUCUGGUGGAAGGGCGUUCCACAGGGCGGGUGCCACUACCGAGAAGGCCCUCUGUCUGGUUCCCUGUAACUUCACUUCUCGCAAUGAGGGAACCGCCAGAAGGCCCUCUCAAUGUCCGGGCUGAACGAUGGGGGUGGAGACGCUUCUUCAGGUAUACUGGACCGAGGCCGUUUAGGUCAGCACCAACACUUUGAAUUGUGUUCGGAAACACAACAAAACAUUAAAAAACCUCCUGAUGCAGCAAAGAAAGAAAGAAAGAUCCAUGGCAUGUACGUCAACCUUUUAUCUUUUCUCCGCCUGCCAGAUUACCAGAGCGAAUACUACGGACCUGGGAGCAACUACGAUUUCUUCCCCCAAGGACCGCCUUCCUCUCAAGCCCAGACGCCGGUGGAUCUCCCUUUCGUGCCAUCGUCCGGGUCGUCAGGAACGCCUCUCGGGGGAAUGGACCACCCAUUACCUGGACACCAUCCUUCCAGCGAAGCUCAGCGUUUCACAGAUAUCAUGUCACACCCACCUGGGGACUCUCCGAGCCCCGAACCCAACCUACCUGGCUCCUUGCACUCCAUGUCGGCCGAAGUUUUUGGGCCGAGUCCUCCGUUUUCCUCGAUAUCUGUCAACGGCGGUGCUAACUAUGGCAGCCACUUAUCACAUCCGCCCGAAAUGAACGAGGCUGCUGUAUGGUAGCUUUAAAUACCAAGACUGGGGGCUGAGAAGUAAGUGGCCAAUCGACACCCACCUUUGCUUACAUCCAGGUGUAUAGAAACGAGUUCGAGCAAAUAGUUUCUUUUUUUUUCUUUCUUGCCCUAAGACGUAUAGAUAUAUAGAUAUAUUUGUUGGGGGUUUUGCCUUUUUUUCUUUUUGUGAACUUUGGGAAUUAACUGAAUUAUUCAUUUCAGAUCGAAGCCCAGGGAGAUUUUGGUAUAAACCGGAGGACAAUCUUCAUGAUACAGAAUGAAAGGAGAAAAGACAAGACAAGGGGGAAAAUAUGAAGAAAGUAAUCUCUUUUUGUACCAAGUGAAGAAGGAAAAAAGACACUGGCGAAGUGGAUUUGUUUCGAUACUGCCAUAUAUUAUGGGAUGGCGAAUAGUGAGUGUCCGCAUUCACUAGACUAUAACUCUAGGGGGGGAAAAACAAGAUUCUCAGAGACUUUUUUCAUAGGAAAAGAAACCAAUAUUGAAUAAAGGCAAGGUCAACAAGAACAAGACAAAAAAAAAAAGCUUCAAGGAAUUCUAGCAUUUUUUAAAAUGAUGAUUCUUUUGGUAUUAUUGAUUUGUUUAAUUUUGCCUCCGAACAUUCAACAUGAGCCACAACAAUAGACUUUUAAAGCUUCAGAAAUGUCAGGUGGGGCAAAUGAAAUGUAGUUAAUUUUGUUGUUAUUUUUGGGAGGGUGGUGCUUUUAUGUUUGUUUUAUUUUCAUUGGCCAAAAUAGCAAAUAUUUAAAUAUAAGCCCUCCGAAUCAACUCUUCUACCUUCUCUGAGCGACACACACCAAUAAUCCUCAAAACCCAGAAGUCUUCUGCUAGACUUCUAAGUUAAAAAGAAAAACUGACUUGAAAAGAAACGAACGACAAAGUAUUCUACCUUCAGAAAAAUAAAAGCUAAACAAACAAAAAUAAAAAAUAAAAAGACUCUAUGAAACUAGAAAAAAAAGCAGUCAACUGUUUACGUCGAAUGUUAAAUUCAGGAGCGCAAUGUUUUACUUUAAAAAAAAUCCUGUUUUAGAACCUCUUGUUCAAAAGCAAAGUAUUUUGAGCAAUCAACCAAAAUAGUUCAUUUUUCUUUCUUUUUCCUUUUUUUUCUGUAGUUGUUAUAAGACAUUACAGGGCUUGUGUUUCACUGUGCUAGUUUGUAAAGGUGGCGUUUACAGCAGGCAAAGAAUAAAAACUUAUAAAAUCAAACAGUUGCCAAAUAAAACAAUUCUAUAGCACAAAAUACUCUUUGGGGGUGCUGUACCCACAGCCCGGGGGAAAAACGCAAAACAUUUUAAACAAAGUGUUACAAGGUUAAGAGGGGGGGAAAUUUAACAUCUUUGCUAAUGUUUAGUCCUGUUCAACAUUAAUGGAAUUGUUAAUAUGACUUAUAUAGACCCACACAGGUUUUAUUUUUGUGUCUUUAAAAGAAAAAAAAGUCCAAAAUAUUUAAAUUUUAUGGUCAAAUAUGCAGUCAGCAGCUGCUACUUUUUUUCCUUUAUAUAUUAAAUUUCUCAUAUGUCUUUUAUUGUUCAAAUAAACCUAAGCUUGUGUGACCUCCAGUGCAUAUUAGACCAUUCACUGUAUGAAAGGGGGGGAAAGUUGGAUUAAAAAAUUUGUGAAUUUUUAAUAAAAUUAGAAAAUCUGA